AUGCAGGUAUGCUUCUUUUUCUGCCAGUUGUCUUUCAAGGUGCUAGCCUCUCCUACCAGCCCAACAUAUUCAAAAGCCAAGACUGAAGCCAAGAGAAAAAAUGUGCCUUAGCAUAUGGUUACCAGAUUUUUUUCAAUGAAUCCAGGUGAAAUAUACUCAGAGUUGCAAAGUGAUUUCAUGCUCUUUAUUCAGCUCAUAGUGGUGAGGAGGAAUGAAUGAAUGUCCCCUCAAAGUAUCUGCUUUAUAUACAUUAUUUACACAAUGGGCUGCACAUGAUUGGCUAAUUCCAGAAUUCUACUGUAAGCCAAUCAGGUUGUGGAUUCGCUUCUAUCUGGAGAAUGAUUGGGUGGUUCCUGCCAACCAACCAUACUGCUGCAUUGUUCUAGGACCAAUCAGACUGCUUCAUUCUGAAUCCUAUUGUUCUAGGACCAAUCAGACUGCUGCAGUUUGGAUCCUAUUCAACUCAGUACAUAACACCCCUCCCCUCUAAGUUCCAGUCCUGCCCGGGAGUUCACAUUCAUAGUCCUCAAGGUACGCCAGCGGCCUACGUGUGCGUUGCGGCCUGGGGUGUUCCCUGGUCCAGGGUUCAGGUUCUGGCUCGUGUUCCAAGGAUGCUGGCUGUGAUGGGGCUGUUUGGUCUGGCGCAACCGGCUCGCUCAGUCGUGGUUCUGGUUCCGGUGUCCUUUCGGCCUCGCGGGUCCUCUCUGUAUUUACUGAUUCUGCCUCUCCUGCUGGCCCCUCCUGCUCUAUGGGCCUCACUGCCCCACUGUUCCCUUGGGACUCCUCUGACCUGUCCUCCUCCUGGUUUUCUCCCGGGAAUCGUCGCCGUAUCUGGUCGCAGUGGCGGCGCCAGCAUUGCCCCCCAUCCGUUAGCACCUCGUACGACACGGGGCCAGUGACCCUGGUGACUGUGGCGGGUACCCAUGCUGGGCCUGCCCCAAAAUUCUUUGCGUACACUGGGUCCUGGGCCUUGAAGGUCCGGGGGUUCCUGCCUUCCCCCAUCACUACCUCAUCCUGAGCUCUAUCGGGGUGAAGGCGGUCCAAUCUGAUUGCAAGGCGCCGACCCAUUAGCAGUUCAGUGGGGCUCCGGCCAGUCGUUGAGCUGGGGGUGCUGUGCUGUGCUAGAAGGAAUGUGGCAAGGCGGUACUCCCAAUCCCCUUGUGUCAUGCGGCGAAGGGUGUCCUUGGUGGUCUGCACCAUGCAUUCUGCUUGGCCAUUGGUGGCAGGGUGGAAUGGCGCCGAACGGAUGUGGCAGAUGGUGUUCUGCGCUGUGAAGGUUUGGAAUUCUCCUGACGUAAAUGCAGUCCCGUUGUCUGAGACAAGAGUGUCAGGGAGCCCGUGGGUUGCAAACAGCCUGCGUAGUACCCGGAUGGCUGCGGACGUAGAAGUGGAUGGUACCAGUGCGACUUCCAGCCAUUUGGUGUAGGAGUCCACCACUAUGAAGACUGUUUUCCCCUGAAAGGGGCCAGCGAAGUCCACAUGCAGGCGUGACCAUGGUGCUCGGGUGGACUCCCAGGACUGGACUGGGGCCCUUGGGGGAUCUGGGCGGGAUUCUUGGCAGGCCUGGCAGUGUUUGACCCAGGCCUCUAUCUCUCCGUCGAUCCCCGGCCACCACACAUAACUCCUGGCAAGGGCCUUCAUUCUUACUACCCCUGGGUGUGUCUCGUGUAGGGCUGUGAGGACCCUUUUGCGGAGGGGCUGGGGAACAACGACCCUGCUUCCCCAUAACAGGCACCCCUUGUGGGCCGACAGUUCAUGUUUGCGGGUUGUGUAGCCGGCGAGUUCUGGCCCGGGGCUGCUGCUGGGCCAUCCGCUCCACACCCAGUCCAGGACCUGGGAGAUGACCCUAUCGUUCUUGGAAUGGUGUGCAACUUCUUGUGCCUGAAUGGGGCGGUCGGAAAGCAGCUCCAGGCUCAUAACCUCUUGUGCAGGUGCUGGGUCGGGGCCUGUUUCUGGUAGUGGUAGCCUGCUGAGGGCGUCCGCAUGGCCCAUCGCCUUCCCAGGGCGGUGAAUCAGUGCAUACUGGUAGCUGGCAAGGAAAAUUGACCACCUGAGGACGCGAGGAGACAGCACUUGGGGGGUCUGCUUUUCGGGGGCAAACAAGCCAAGCAACGGCUUGUGGUCAGUCACCACGGUGAAGGGCCGCCCGUACAAGAAAUCAUGGAUUUUUUUUACUCCCUUCAUGAUUGCCAGACCCUCCUUGUCGAUUUGCGAGUAGUUCCACUCGGUUGCGUUGAGUGUCUGGGAAAACUAUGCCACCGGUACCUCUCUUCCAUCCGGGAGCUGGUGUCCCAGGACAGCGCCGAUGCCAUAGGGAAAGGCGUUGCAUGCUAGCACCACCGGCAGCUUCUCGUUGAAGUGUGCCAAGACCGAGUUUGAGACAAGCAAGUCCUUGACUGCCUGGAAUGCGGCCUCCUGGCGCUGGCCCCACACCCAAGGGGCCCGCUUGUCCAGGAGUCUGUGUAGGGGCUCCGCUACCGCCAUCUUGUGGGGAAGGAAGGAAUGGUAAAAGUUCAAUAGUCCCAAGAAGGCCUGGAGUUCAGUCUUGCUCUUGGGCACUGGGGCAUCACAAAUGGCCCGUACCUUGUCCCCAGUCGGGUGGACCCCUUCUGCGUCCACCAUAAAUCCCAGAAAGUCCACCUGAGGCGCUCCUAGUAGACAUUUUUCCCGCUUCACCUUGAGACCUGCCGUCUGGAAACAGUGCAGAACGGUGCGGAGGCGGUCCUCAAACUCCUGGUGUGGGCCCGGCAAUCAACACAUCAUCGAAGAAGGGGGUGACGCCAGGAAUCCCUUUAAGGAGAGAGUCCAUUAGAUUCUGGAAUAUGCCUGGUGCCACACUGACACCGAAUUGCAGCCGCUUUACCCUGAACGCUCCUCUGUGCGUCACAAUCGUCUGUGCCUCUGCUGUGGCUUCAUCUACUGGCAGCUGUUGAUAUGCUUGGGCCAAGUCCAACUUGCCAAAAUUUUUCGACCCAGCCAGGGUGGCAAGGACAUGGCUGACCACUGGCACUGGGUAUGCAUGGGCCGUGAGGGCCUUGUUUAUGGUACAUUUGUAGUCUGCGCAGAUGCGGACCGAACCAUUAGGCUUGACGGGUGUGAUGAUUGGGGUUUCCCAGGGGGCAUUAGGCACCAGCUCCAGCACUCCUUGCUCCACGAGCCGGUCCAAUUCCUCGUCUAUUCGGGGUUUCAGGGCGAACGGGACCUGGCGGGCCUUGAGUCUGACCGGUCGUACUGCGGGGUCAAGCUGUAGAGCAAUGGGGGGGCCGUAUACUGUCCCUAUUUCCCAUCGAAACCCCCCGGAAAUUCCUUGCAUAUGGCGUCCACGUCCACUUGUAAGCUGGUGUGGUUCACCCCGGUGACGGCUAGCACCAGUGGUCCAAACCAUGCCAAUCCCAGUAAGCUAAUGUAGGGGCCCUUGACCACAAGCAAGUCCAGUUGCCGCGUCCGCCCUCGGUAUUGCACCCUGAAGGUCCCCCCAUUGUGGGGACCUUACGUUUCUGGAAGUCCCAGAGGGUGAAUGGGGCCGGCCUGAGUUUGUGACCCCCAGUAGGACACAGUUUCCUUAAGGUCCUUGCCGAGAUUAUGGAUAGAGUUGAACCCGUGUCAAGCUCCAUGCGGCAUGGGGCCCCCUCUAUCUGUACCUCUACAUAAAUUUUCUCUACGUUGGGGUGGGGCAAUUGGUAUACCUGGAAGUCCGUGAGCUCCGUCGAGUUGCCUUGGUGCGUUGGGCCCCGGGACCUGGGGCUCUUGGAUUGGUCAUCUGAUGCCUGGCAUCGGGUGGGCCGAGCCCGACAUACCCGGGCGAUGUGUCCCGAUUUUAGGCACUGCCUGCUCUCUGCGUUGCGGAAACGGCAGGUCCUCCUCUCGUGACUUUCCCCGCAGCUUGCGCAGUUCCCUCCUUCUCGUCGAGGCAGGUGUGGUAUGUGGGCUGCUUGAGUGCGCUGCUGUACUUGGUGCACCUCCUCCCUGUCGGAUCCUGAGUCGUCGGUGAGGUCUUCGUGGUGGACCCUCAGUUGGGACGGCAGGCUCGGCCGUGCCUCUUGCGUCGACCUCUCGGCAGCUUCCGUUGCCUGGGCCUCCUCCAGAGCGACCUGGAACGUUAGGUCCUUCUUAGCGUAGAGGCAUCGUUGCAGCUUCUCAUCCUUCAGGCCACCGACGAGGCGGUCACAAAGCAUGUUCUCCAGCUCUGAGAAGUUGCAGAACCGGGCGGCUUGGCGGAGAGAGGUCACAAACCCAGUUAUGGUUUCCCCAGGGGCUUGCCGCUUUGCGUAGAAGGCAUUUCGACAAGCCACCACUGAGGGCUGUGGCAAAAAGUGCCCCUUCAGCUGUUCCAUUAUUGUUUUGUAUGGAACAGUAGCGACGUCUUCAGGCGCAAGGAGAGCCCUGGCGAUUUCAAACGUCUCCUCUCCGCAGACGCUGAAGAAUAUCGCCCUCUUCUUGGCGUCUUCUUCAUCGGUGACCCCUUUGGCUUCUAGGAGGAAGGUGAAACGGGAGGCGUACGCUUCCCAGUCUCCGGAUGCUGGGUUGAACGGCGAGAAGCUGCUGUCGGUUGCCAUUCUGAGUUCCUUGUGUCCCGGAGCUGAAGCCUGGAUACACGGUGCGAGGCAGCGGUGCGGCAGGUGGUGGUGCUGCGGUGCUGUGUGUGGCAGUCAGCUCAGCGGGAUCUCAUCCUCGUCGCCAGUGAAAUAUACUCAGAGUCGCAAAGUGAUUUCAUGCUCUUUAUUCAGCUCAUAGUGGUGAGGAGGAAUGAAUGAAUGUCCCCUCAAAGUAUCUGCUUUAUAUACAUUAUUUACACAAUGGGCUGCACAUGAUUGGCUAAUCCGGAAUUCUACUGUAAGCCAAUCAGGUUGUGGAUUCGCUUCUAUCUGGAGAAUGAUUGGGUGGUUCCUGCCAACCAACCAUACUGCUGCAUUGUUCUAGGACCAAUCAGACUGCUUCAUUCUGAAUCCUAUUGUUCUAGGACCAAUCAGACUGCUGCGUUUUGGAUCCUAUUGUUCUAGGACCAAUCAGACUGCUGCAGUUUGGAUCCUAUUCAACUCAGUACAUAACACCAGGGACAUUUUUUUUAAAUUUUUUUUUUUAAUCUGAGAAGCAACAGGCAGUCAGUAGUGGGGAUGGUGAGGCAAAAGACCCUGGGCCCAAGCACACAUGCAUAUUGUAUAAAGGUGCAAAGCCCUUAUUUUGCACCCUGUGAAACAUAAAUGCGCAGAGUUUUUUAAAAACUGGGCAAUGGCUGGCCAGCCACAACCCCCAAGUCUCCCUCAAUCAGUCAGAGGGGGAAGGGGGCAGGAGAUUGGGGGAGGCUUGGGAGUCACGGGCACAUGGUGUGCCAUUGCCCAGUUUUUAAAAAAACUCUGCACCUUGCCUGGCAGAGAAACCACAUGCGUUGCACCCCUCCUGGGCAAUGGCACACCACCCACCUGCGACUCCUGAGCCUUCCCAGAUCAGUCAAAACAAAGGGGGAAGUGGGCAGGAGAUCUGUACCGCUAGACGUCCCCGGUUCCCCUUUGGCAGUGGUGGCGGCAGAGGCAGUCAGCAGCCUGGAGCCACCCUGGUAGCUCAUUUGCCUCUGGCUGGCUUCAGGAGCUGCUCGUGGCCAUGGUGCCCGCCAUUUUUCCUCUCUGGAAGUCCCCAUAUGGUGUAUUGUGCAGAAGACAUAUCAUAUGGGGACUUCCGGAGAGGAAAAAUGGCAAGCGCCACGGCAGUGAGCAGCUCCUGAAGCCAGCCAGAACCAAAUGCGCUGCCAGGCUGCUGAGGCUGCCACUGCCACGUUUCCCGGGGACAGAUCUGCAAAUCUGGGGACAUUCUGGGGACGGAAUUUGUCCGGGGACAGAUUUGCAAAUCCGGGGACUGUCCCUGGGAACUGGGGACUGUCCUCGGGAACCGGGGACGUCUGGUAACUCUACCUUAGCAGGCACUAAUAAAAUACUAUAUAAAGCAAGCAUCAAGAUGGGAGCUGUUGAGGGAUGGGUGUUAGGUAUCAACUAAUUGGGCCCAAGCUGCCUUGGUCACUGAAAAGCCAAUAAAUGCCAUAGACAUAGGAGAUUCCCAUAAUCACUCAUUUAUUCAGCUGAGUAAAACAGCAGGGGAGCCACAGUCACUAGUGUGAUGAUGAAGCCGCACCAAACAGCUUUUCUUCUUACUUUUUAUAGGCACCCCCCCUUCUUUCCCCCCUUUUGAGGUUCCUUGUGCUAAUCAAAACAGGACACCCUUCCUGGAUACCUUGAAGGGGAGAGUUGCCUGGCAGAGGGAGGUUUUCCUGAAAAUCACCUAGCAACGUUAACUGGUCUUCACAUAUUUGCGGCUCAUCCUCCUAAAUUCUAAAGCAGGCAGUUUUUCACAGCAGCAAAAUGGCAUCAGUUAGGCCAAAACAAAACAAAACAAAACACCAGGACAAGAACAGGCCUCUGUGGCUUUUCCUGAGACCCCACAGGGGGAUCUUUUAUAAUUUUGGGGAGAGGAAAAAUGGGUGUGGAAAUGUGCACAGAGCAGCUCACUGAUUUCAGAAGUGGAACGCAGUGGAGUCAGAGAAUGUACAACUCACACCCAGCUUCUAUGACUUCAGUUCUACCUACUGUUCAGAUGUGAGAUAUAAUUAUGAUUAGUCCUGAAGUCAGGGUGGGGAGCCUCAGGGUCAGGAGCCAAAUACAGUCUCCACACAUAUUUUGCUGGUCUUAAUAACUUCCUUCCAGGCCCUUCCUGUCUCCACUACCCUUUAAUGUUUUUGCCUGGCUGGAAUAUGUCAUUGAACUAUGAUAUUGCCUCUAUGAACUAUGAUAUUGCCUCUUUCUUGUCUGGAUGGAAGUGUGUGUGUGUGUAGAAAUUUUCCACUUUAGCACACGCCGGUUAUUCUACUUGCUUUUGCCUCUGGCCCUGCUCUGACUCCCUGUUACAGUGGUAUCUUGGUUUUCGAAUGUCUCUGUUGAUGAACGUUUCGGUUUUUGAACACCGUAAACCCGGAAGUAAGUGCUUUGGUUUCCGAACACUUUUCGGAAGUCAAACAUGUCACGUGGCUUCCGUAUUGAGUUUUCCAUAUUGAGUUUUUGGUUAUCAAACAUUUCGGUCUUCUGGAAUAGAACGGUCUUCUGGAAUAGAUUAUGUUCGAAAACCAAGGAACCACUGUACAUCCAAACCAUGAAUAAUGGUCCGUUGCCCCUUCACAAACCAUGAUCAGGAAGCCAACAGCAAACCAUAGCUAGAGAUCAUUACUUUCCUGGGAGCAAGAAGCUCUGAUUCCUGGUUUGGAUGUAGCUAGAUGCCAAGGCAUCUGGGUGCAUUUACCUUAUUUGUACCAGGGGAGAAGUGAAGUGAGCUGCAUGUUUCAGCACACUGCUUAUUCACAAUAAACCACAAUGAGCCAGAAAGUCUGGCUUAUUGUGAUGUGAGGAAAAAAGAGAACUUGUUCUGACGUAUGCAUCUGGGGCUGUGAUUUUGGCCAGACAUUAAAAGGUAUUUUCCAGAUGUUACUAAUGGUUCAACAGUGGAACAGAUUGCUUUAGAAGGUGUCAAACUCUCUUUUGUUAAGAGUUCUUUAGGUAGAUGCUGGAUGGCUACCAACUGUAUCAGCAGAUUUCCUGCGUCGAUGGGGUUGGACUAGAUCUUUUAGAUCUGUUCCAACUCUGCUCUUAUUUCCUUGUCUGCAAAACUGGCACCAAAAAGCAGGCAAACAAACAAACAAACACCACAAUUGUGUGCUCCCUCGCCCCUAACCCUGUAUACUGUGGAAGAACCAAAGUUGAAUACAUACCAAAUUAUUUUUGGAUGCAUCUUAGCGAGAGAGCCAUCAUUUGUAGUUGUGCUGUGAUGGGUGUUGCCUUUUUGGCAGACUCACGGUUUCCAUUUGAAGUUUUAAAACACACCUGCCUGAUCCCUAUUGAGAUAAUCAUUGUCCUUAGGCCAGUGGAAAUCUCAAGUAGGAAUGUUAAAAUCUCAAAAUAUACCGUAAUUCUUCACCAUUGUUAGCAGACCUUGAGUGAAUUAGAUCGAAACAAUCAGUUACAAGUUUAUGGAGUUCAAAGGCUUUAUUAAUGCAUAAACAAGUUACAGUUACAGAGAAUGAGAGAAAUAGCAGACAUCUUGUAUCAACAAGUUGGGGAGAACAACAAAGUGGCUCAGCUUUUAGGGGAGGACCUAAUUUAAGAGAUAGAGACUACAGUCAUACCUCGGGAUAAAUACGCUUCAGGUUGAGUGAUUUCGGGUUGCGCUCCGCGGCGAUCCGGAAGUAAUGGAGCGUGUUACUUCCGGGUUUUGCUGCUCGCGCAUGCGCAGAUGGUCAAAAUGAUGUCAUGCGCAUGUGCAGAAGUGGUGAAACGCCGCAGACGCGCUGUCACGUCUUACAUUCUGCUCGGGAUGCGAACGGGGCUCCAGAAUGGAUCCCGUUCGCAUCCCAAGGUACCACUGUACAUCCAGAGGUUGGCUAGAUCAUUAGACAAAAAGUGUCCUCAUUCAGGCACUUUUAAAGUACAAUGGACGCUCGGGUUGCGAACGUGAUCCAUGCGGGAUGCACAUUCGCAAUCUGCAGCGGCGCGUCUGUGCAUGUGCGGCCGCCGGAACCUGGAAGUAACCCCUUCCGGUACUUCUGGGUUUUGGUGCAUCCGUAACCCGAAAAAACACACAACCUGAAGCGUCUGUAACCCGAGGUAUGACUGUAACACAUUAUUAUUAUUAUUAUUAUUAUUAUUAUUAGAAUUUGUAUACUCCCCUAUGCCUGGGGGUCUUAGGAUGGUUCACAGAAUAAAAUGCAUGCAUUAACUACAUCUAGCACCCUAAAAAGUGCUAGCACCUUUCACCCUGAAGUGCUGGAUUUUUCCUUUUAGGGAAUGUUAUCAUCUUUGAAGCAGGUGUUAUCUAUGGUGGAGGAAUUUCACACCUGGUUAUUUGAAAGACAGACUGUACUCACAUGGGCCUAUCUGAGCUUUAAGAUCAUCCCCAGGAACCCUUCUUGCCUUUUGAUAAGGUCAGAAUGAAAUGUAACUAGACUGGUCAGAUGGAAAAGAGGACAGGGCUUUAACAGUUAUGUAGAAGAGGAAAUUUCAGCAGAUAUAAUAAUAAUAAUAAUAAUAAUAAUAAUAAUAAUAAUUUAUACCCCGUCCUUCCCAGUUCAAAAACUGGGCUCAGGGCAGCUAACAACAAAUUUAAAACACUUUAAAACACUUAAUUAUAAAAGCAGCAUAAAAUACAGUAUAAAAACAUGAAUAACAAUAAAAAUCAAAAAUCAAUUAGAUAAUCCCCAGGGCUAGCUGGCUGAAUUGGUCCUACUUGGGCCAGCGAGGAGGCCAGGAGAGAAUUAGCUGUGGGGUCUCAGUGCAGGUGAUCUUCAUAAAAGCGGAGGGGGAGGGAAGAGAAGGGAAAUAAAAGAUCAGGCUGAAUUCAAAUUAAAGGCCAGGUGGAAUAGCUCUGUCUUACAGGCCCGACGGAAGGAGAUUAAAUCCUGAAGGGCCCUAGUCUCAUGGGACAGAGCAUUCCACCAGGUCGGAGCCAUCACUGAAAAGGCCCUGGCCCUGGUGGAGGAUAGUCUGACUUCCUUAGGGCCUGGGACCUCUAAACUAUGGUUAUUCAUGGAUCUUAAGGUCCUCUGCGGGGCAUACCAGGAGAGGCGGUCCCAUAGAUAUGAGGGCCCUAAGCCGCAAAGGGCUUUAAAGGUCAAGACCACCAUAUUGAACCUGACCCUAUACUCCACCGGGAGCCAGUGCAACUGGUAAAGCACUGGGUGAAUAUGCUGUCAUGGCAGGGACCCCAUGAGGAGCCUCGCUGCAGUAUUCUGCACCUGCUGGAGUUUGUGGGACAGUUUCAAGGGCAGUCCCGUGUAGAGCGAAUUACAGUAGUCAAGCCUGGAGGUGACCGUCGCAUGGAUCACUGUGGCCAGAUCGGGGCGGGAAAGGUAAGGGACCAACUGCUUGAUGGAAAAAUGUCGCCUUAGCUGUUGCUGUAACCUGCGCCUCCAUGGAAAGGGAGGUGUCAAGGAUUACAUCCAAACUCUUAACGGAAGGCACUGGCACUAAUUGGGCCCCCGCAAGAGAAGGGAGUUGGUCCCUCAUCCUCAUGCCAUCCCGACCCAGCCAGAGGACCUCUGUCUUCGAAGGAUUUAAUUUCAAUCGGCUCCCAUGAAACCGCCCACCACAGCCUCCAAGCACUUGGUCAAUGUGUUCGGGGCUGAGUUGGUGUGGCCAUCCAUCAGCAGAUAGAGCUGAGUGUCAUCAGCAUAUUGCUGACAACCCAGCCCAAAGCUCCGGACAAUCUGGGCAAGGGGGCGCAUAAAGAUGUUAAAAAGCAUUGGGGAGAGGAUUGCGCCCUGCGGCACUCCACACACCAAGGAGUGGCACGAGGACAUCUCCCUCCCUGGUGCCACCCACUGUCUGCAACCAGAGAUAAAAGAGCACAGCCAUUGUCGGGCUGUGCCCUGUAUCCCCACGUCAGCAAGGCGGUGGUCCAGAAGAUCAUGAUCGACCAUAUCAAAGGCUGCUGACAGAUCUAAGAGAAUCAGCAGUCCCGACCCGCCUUGAUCCAGUUGUCUACGGAGAUCAUCUGUUAGGGCGACCAGAGUCGUCUCAGUCCCGAAACCAGGAUGGAAACCAGACUGAAAUGGAUCUAAAGCCGAUGUUUCCUCCAGAAACCUGCCAAGCUGUUCAGCAACCGCUUUCUCAAUUACCCUACCCAGAUACGGAAGAUUCGAAACUGGGCGGUAAUUGGACAGAUCUAAAGGAUCUAAUGAAGUUUUCUUUAAGAGCGGACACACCACCGCUUCCUUCAGCUCCCCUAGGAAUGUAGAUUGCAUGACAAGCAGCAAUGGUGUAUGAGAGCCAGUGUGGUGUUGUGCUUAUGGUGUUUGAUUAAGACCUGGGAGACCAUGGUUCAAAUCAUGGUUCAGCCAGGAAACUCACUUUGAACUAGUCACACUCUCUCAGCACUAACCUAUGUCACAGAUCUGUUGUGAAGACAGAGUGGUUUUUUUUUGGGGGGGGGACCACAAGAAGGAAAGGUAUGGAUACAGAUGUAAGGUAAAGGUAAAGGGACCCCUGACCAUUAGGUUCAGUCGUGACCGACUCUGGGGUUGCGGCGCUCAUUUUGCUUUAUUGGCCGAGGGAGCUGGCGUACAGCUUCCAGGUCAUGUGGCCAGCAUGACUAAGCCGCUUCUGGCGAACCAGAGCAGUGCACGGAAACACCGUUUACCUUCCCGCCAGAGCGGUACCUAUUUAUCUACUUGCACUUUGACGUGCUUUUGAACUGCUAGGUUGGCAGGAGCAGGGACCGAGCAACCCUGUCACGGGGAUUCAAACAGCCGACCUUCUGAUCGGCAAGUCCUAGGCUCUGUGGUUUAACCCACAGCGCCACCUGCAUCCCUUGGAUACAGAUGUAGUGAGGACUUAAAAAAACAACAACUGUACAAAUGAUCAGAGUAUUAAAAGCUAAGGUAGUCUCUGUCUUAAUUUGACAUGAUUUUUAAAGGGGGGGGAGGAUGGGGGGAGGAGCAAAGAAAGCAUAGAAAAAUGCUCCAGUGAAUUAAAAAAAAAAGUUAUGUCAUUAUAAUUUAUUGUCCAUCUUUCCACCCCAUAGGCCCCAGGGCGGGCGAAUACAACACUGAAACACACAGAACACUAAAAUAGUAGCACAAUGUGAAAUCACAGCAUUCCCCCCCAUCCUAAAUAUGGUACAGCCCCCUCUAACUAACCCCCUUAUUUAUAGCAUGUGUUUUAAAAUUCAAUUAAAAUUUAGCUGUUAUACAUACAGAGAAUUUAAAUUCUGUUAUUGUUUCCCUCCCUUCCCAAUGUUUUCAGCUGUUCCUGUUUUAACUGUAAGUCGCCUCGAGUCCCUUUCAGGGAGAAAAGCGGGGUACGUAUAAAUGAAUGAAAACAAUGAACGAAGGUAGCAAGAACUCCGGAGAACGAAACAGUUUCCCCGCCUUCGGGGCGUGGCGCCCCGCCCCUUCUCCUUUGAGUGACUGCACUUGCAAAGCAAUUCAACGCCCUUGCUGCAGCUGCCGCCGCCACUGCCCCCUGCUGGCUACGCAGGUGGCGCGCACCCUUCCUUCCCAGGACGACAGUAUUUAUACCAGCCACUCCAGGGCGCGCCCCUCUAUCCCGCAUGCGCAGUGUCUGGUUUGGGAAGCGAGAGGGAGAGUGAAGGAGCGUCUUGGUGUGGCGGCGGCGGCGGCGGCGGCGGCCCUGCUGGAAGGAGCUCGCGCAGGGCGGCGGACCCGGAGAGACCCAGGCAGCGGCGGCUUCGCCUCACAGGUUGGUCCCCUUAGGCUGGGUAAGGCCCGUACCAGGCCGUCCUCCCUCCUCUCAGUAGUCCUGCCCGCCCUCGCAGCGCCGGGCCCUGCCGUGAGGGGGCUGCCCGAGGUGGGGCUGGUGAAGUUGGGGGGGUGGGAUAAGAGGCACACAAUGGGUGUAGAGUCCGGCCUGGGCAAAAGAAGGGGCGGACCUGGGCUAGUUUGCGGCGACGGCGGCAGCAGCCCACCCCGCCCCGCUUUAUCUCAGCCUUACACCGAGCCCAGUGUUGUCUACACUGGCUGGCAGUAGCUCUGCGGGGUUUCGGAGACGCCGCUGGGGGUUGAACCCGGGACCUUCUGCGCGCGCGGGGGGGGGGGGGGGAGGAGGGUGCUCUGCUACUAAGCGAACGGCCCCUAAAGCCCCGCCGUGUCGUUUUCCUCUCCGCUGUCCCGCACGCCCCAUAUUUCGCUUUGGCAUCCCUUUACGUUCUCUCUCUCUCCCCCCCCCCCGCCUCCCUACACUCCUCCCUUCAGCCUAAAUUCAAGAUACUUCUGUCCCCAACCCCACCCCAGGCUUUUUUUUUUUUUUUUGCAUUGCCUUCUUUACAGCUUGCACGUGACCGCCUGUUUUAUCUCCCCUCUCCAUAUUUUGCAUUGGCUUCUCGUCCUCUUACCUAGACUACGCCCUCUCCCCUUUCAGCCGAAAAUCAAGGUGUUCCUAUCCCACCUCGUGAUUGUCAGCUUCCCCACCCCGCCCCCAGUUUUGCAAAGAUAGCAGCCACCUGGCCUUGCCUCCUUUUUUUUUUUUAUAUAAAGCCAUGCACGUCUUAUUCCUUACCCUUUCAGUGUCUGGUCAGACUAUUCACACCAUUGACAUUGCAUCCUACCACCCCACCCCACCCCAGUCUACAGCCCCUUUAGCGUAAAGGUAAAGGUACCCCUGCCCUUACGGGCCAGUCUUGCCAGACUCUAGGGUUGCGCGCUCAUCUCACUCUAUAGGCCGGGGGCCAGCGCUGUCCGCAGACACUUCCGGGUCACAUGGCCAGCGUGACAAGCUGCAUCUGGCGAGCCAGCGCAGCACACGGAACGCCGUUUACCUUCCCGCUGGUAAGCAGUCCCUAUUUAUCUACUUGCACCCGGAGGUGCUUUCGAACUGCUAGGUUGGCAGGCGCUGGGACCGAACGACGGGAGCGCAUCCCGCUGCGGGGAUUCGAACCGCCGACCAUGUGAUCAGCAAGUCCUAAGCGUUGAGGUUUUACCCACAGUGCCACCCGCGUCCCUAGCGCCACCCGCGUCCCUACAGGCUAAAGGCAGGCUAUUUUUUCCUCACUUUGUCAAUUCUUGCCACUGUUGUACUGACACACAUACAACCUGCUUUCCUUACAUUUUGCAUUUGCUUACCCCAUCCUUUCAACUUCUGAUCAGGUUACACCUUGACCUAUAUGCAUUUAUCUCAGAAGUAAUUUAGCUCUUAUAUGUCCUUCCUCUGCCACAAAUUAGGCGUCCCUCCUCCAUAUUUUGCCUUGACAUCUGCUCCUUUCCCUCUCAGGCCCUACAACCAACACCAUACCUUGUGGUCCUCUUGUUGUUGAACUCCAGUUCCCAUCAACCCCUAGCCAACUGUAGUGGUGGUGAGUGAUGAUGAGAGUUGUAGUCUAAGAACACCUGGAGGGCCAUAGGUUCCUCAUCCUUGCUGUGUGAAGAAUCUGCUUCAGGCCAUCACACGGUCUAGUCCCAGCAUCCUGUUCUCAGUGUCCUCCCUCAGUUUAAUUCUCAAGUCAGAGCAUUCCUUCCCUCCCUUAUGUGUUUAUAGUUUUCAUCUAUGUUUCAACUAACUUAUUCUACUCUUUGUGCAUCUACCCCCACUUUAGUCUAAAGUCAGAAUAUAUAUUUUCUCUUUGCCAGUUAGGAUUGUCCCCUGCUGUGUUGUUCUAUGACAUAUUUCCCUCUUCUUGUUGCAGAAAAGGAAUUUUCCUCCAACCUUCAAACUUGUAAGGCUCUGAAGAAAAAGUGUGGGGUAGAAGAGUCCUCCAAAUUGGAGGGUGGUGGUAGUGAUGGGGGCUGCUGGAGAGAGGGAGAGAAUGUGUUCUUAAUUUCUAGGUAAUAAAGCUCAAAGCACUUCCCCCCAAAAGAGAAAAUUCUGUCUGAGAUACAGUCAUACCUUGGUUUGAAUGUGCUUCAGGUUGAACACUUUCAGGUUGCACUCCGCUGCAACCCGGAAGUAACGGAGCGUGUUACUUCCGGGUUUCAGCGCUUGUGCAUGUGCAGACGCUCAAAAUGACGUCAUGCACAUGCGUGGAAGCGGCAAAACGCCGCACGCACAGACUCCGCUGUCGCAUUUUAAGUUCUAUUCAGGAUGUGAAUGGGGCUCCAGAAUGGAUCCUGUUCGCAUCCCGAGGUACCACUGUACUAGAGUUUCUUCCCAUCUGAGUUGACAGUAGUUUGGCAUAGAUGGGGUCAUUGUCUGGCUCAGAAUCAGGCAGGUUCACAAAAUCAAUCUCUGGCAGGUUCAGAGUGGACAGAAGGAAGCACUGCUUCACACUGUGUGUAAUUAAUGUAAGGAAUUCAGGGCCACAGCAUGUGGUGGGUGAUUGGCAACCUCUGGCUUAGAUAGCUUUAUUUCUAAAAUCAUGGAAGAUAAAUCUGUGGAUGAGGCAGGUGCUGUAGUUCAGUGGCAAACACUAUGUUUGAAUGCAGGGCAUCCCAGUUCAAUCUCCAGUAGAUCAUAUUGGGCACGGGGGGAGAAAUGGGACAUGCUGGCUGAGAUGUUCAAGAGCUGCUGCCAGUCAGAGCAGGUAAUAUUAUGCUUGAUGGACCAAUGACCAGACUCUGUUUUAAGGUAGCUUCAAAUGAUCAAAGCCAUUAUAACCCCCUGGAGCCUCCAUGUUCAAAGGCAGUGGGUCCAUAAAUACUAGAUGGAUGUGUCUUAGGUGGCUACAAGUUGGAAGCAGUGUUAGACACUCAGGCAUAUAAGCUAAUUAUCCCAUCCCAAUAGUGAAAUUAUCCCUUCCUGUUUGCAGGCAGUAAAAUGAGGCGGUACCAUUUUGCCAAAAAUUAUGAGGUGUGGGGAGGAGAAAUUAUCCCAGUUUAUUGUGGGCAUUUGUUCUCGUUUGAAGCAUCAUGGCUUUUUUUAUUUAUUUGCAAAUUCAUUUUAUUUAAUCUGUUUCUAUCCCAACCUUCCACCUGAGGGAGUCCAGCUCUGUUGGCAGACUAGCCAUCAUUUUGCAAUCCCCACAUUACCCUGGGUGCAGCAUUGUUUCAGGGUAUUGGUGGUGGUGAGUAGCAAAGUCUGUUUGAAGAAGGAGCUCUAUUUUGGGUGUCAAAAUGGUUCUUUUUGUGGGAGAAAGCAAACAGGAAAAUUAUCAGAUAAAACAUAUUCUAUGUUCCACAGUUCCACAAAAGUGUUACAGAGGUUUGUUUUGCAUAUUUCUGGUAUGCUAAGCAGGGAACAAAAUUAUUGCUCUCCAAAAAGAAAGGGGCAAACCUAACGUGUGUGCUUAUCAGACAAAGGAGGUAGUGGGGUUUUAAAGUGGCAACUAGUUUGUUCAUAUGAAAGUGAUUUUGAGAAUUCAUACAUGGCAUACAAACAAUGUUAGACAUGGGAGAUGAUAUCAAAAGGUAACAUAAGCUGUCAUCUAGCAUUGUUUAUACUGACUGGCAGCAGCUCUCCCAAGAAUUCAGGGCGGGUUCUCUCCCAGACCUACCUGAAGAUGCUAGGGAUUGAACCAGAGACUCUCUGCAUGCAAAGCAGAUGUUCUGCCACUGAGCCACAGCCCCUCUGGAGAGUGCCAGGUUGGCAUAUUCUGCUUAUGUAGGAUUUCCUGAACUGUCUCUCUUCCUAGCACUGAACUUCAACUUUGCUUCAGCAACGUGGUUGCUUUAUAUGCCUUCAGACACAGCCCCAGGGACUUCAGGAGAAAGGUGAACACCUGGGUCUGAGUGAUCUUAAAUGGGAAUAUAGCUGUCUUUCUACUUACAAGAUUCAUGUUAAGAUUUGUAUUUUUUUUUGUUCAUUACUCUGAUUAGUAAUGUGUCAAGUUGUGUAGUAGAGAUGAUGCAGAGAAGGGUAACAUGGAUGAUGAUCUUCUGCCUUAUUUGGAGGAGCUGGUGCAGGCCACAGAGGAGGUCUUAAAUUUAUACUAACCAUUACUGUGUUCUGGGCGGUGAGAAUUUACUACAUAUUGCAAAGUUACUGCACCAUCUGUCCCAGAGGCUGAUUAGCCAUCCUUUAUCUGCUCUCACAUAAAAUUUGAGAGAGAACAAAUUUAUGAUUAUGCUACAAUCCUCUAGUUACAUACCUUGUCCUCUUUGAAUACAAUGGAAGUGAUACUAUUCACUGUGGAUUUAUGAUUUUCAUCCUGUAAAAAUCGUAUUAGAUAUAUUUGUAGCAAUGUGGCCUUUUUCUGUCUGUUGAUGGUUGAAGACAGGUUUGUAACUAGCCACUUACUUGCUUGGUCUCAUAUAGUAACAACUCAUGCAGGUUACAAGGUAUGGAAUAUUUGUUCUGCUGCCUGGAACGCUGCUUCAUAUGUGGUGGGAUUGCUGCAUAGUUCAGAGCUUCUGGACCCAUACGUUUUCAUUUAAAUCAAAGCAUUCAGCUUCACCUGGAUUGAAUCCAUGGUGCCUGUGCAGCACAAAACAAUAUUUUCUGCUGAAACAUUCCAAGGGAUGCUGCUCUUGCUGCCCACAAAGGCACUCGUAAUACUCGGAAGUUCAUUGCUAGAACAGAAGGAUAUAAAAUGAAAUAAACAAAUCACUUUACUUCCCUCAGAAACUUGUUUCACAUUUUCCUCCUUUGCUUUUACAUGCAGUUGAGCCAGGAACAACUGAACAAACUUUACCUGAGACCUUUUCAUUGCAGCAGCAUAAACAGUUGUCCGUUUAAAACUUAGAUAUGUGUGGGGGAAACAGAACAUAGCUUCACAACUAACCAGUAUAUUGAACAUUCCCACCUUCACACUAGCUUUACAAAUAUAUCCUCAGUUAUUAACCUAAAAAUGCAACACUAAACAUGUUUACUUAGAACUAAGUCCCACUUGAGUUCAGUGGGAUUCACCUCUAGGUAAGGGUACAGAAUUGCAGCCUUAAAAAUUUACAUGGCCUGCCAGGCAGAACUAUGAAAGCCAUGUGUGACUAAAAGGGGAAAGGGAACCUACUUUUGAUGCUAUCUCCAUUAUCACCUCAAUAUCACCAGACCCAGUCUGGAGCUCCUUUCCUUGGAGCAUGGUACCAACUCUCCCAUCAUGCAAAAACCUCAUGGGUUUAUGCUUCUUGCCACAGCCACAUUGUUAGUGGCCUCCCACUGGAAGGCCAACUUCCCAAGGGAAGUUGCUAGUGAAAGUAUGGGACAUUGCACUGUCAGAACAGCUAAGUGGAGAGUCUUUAACUGAUCAUUAAAAAGAUAUUCUUUAUUUGACAUGGUUUUUCUCCUAUGUUGAUCAAACAGCCCACUAAACCCCCUGUUUUAUGGAUAAACAUGUGGAGAGACUUUAUUGUGAACUGAAUUGACUCACCCCCUUUUUAAAAUAUGCGAUAGUUGAAUGCUGUAUUGUAUUCUCAGUUGCUUUCAGUUUUUCCUCCUCAGUGUACAAUGGUACCUUGGUACUCAAAUGGCUUGGCUCCUGAACAAAUUGGCUCCCAAACGCUGCAAACCUGGAAGUGAAUGUUCGGGUUUGUGAACGUUUUUCGGAAGCCGAAUCUCUGACGCGGCUUCCGCUGCUUCUACUUGAGUGCAGGAAGCUCCUGCAGUCUAUCGGAAUCCAUGCCUUGGUUUUCGAACGGUUUCAGGGGUCGAACAGACUCCUGGAACAGAUUAAGUUCUAGAACCAAGGUACCACUGUAUCUCUUUUUUAAAAAAAAUUCUGCAUGCAUUUGUAUUGUUUACACUUAAUACUUUUACUGUAUUCUCUCUCUCUGUCUAGGAUGAGCUUAAAUUAUUCAGUUGAAUUCAGUGGACUUUAAUUUGACUGUAUUACACCCUGUUAUCACAUCCUAUUUUAAAGUGUUUUUCUGCUUUCAUUCUUACUCUAACCAUACGGAAAUGUACAGAGUCCUGAGCUCGAAACUGCAGGCCUGGGAAAAUAUUUUCAGGUUCCUAUGCAUGGUGUCAGAAGAAAAUAUUUAGACAUCUUCUUUGCUGGAAGAUGGAUAUCUGUUUUCUUGAGUGCUGCUGGCAAAGAAUCUAGAUGCCCAGGAUUUUCUUGGCCCUGCAUAGUGGACACUAGCAUUUUACUGUGAUUAUGCUAUCUAUUGAUGGUAUGUUUUUGUUGCUGUUUUAUGGGUUAUUGUUUGGCAGUUGAAGUUGUAUCCAAUUAAGUUCUACUCAACAGUAGGUGCAUUGAAAUUAAUAUACCUACAUUAGUUUAUCAGUAUAUUAAUUUCAGUGGGUCUGCUCUAAGUAGAUCCAACAUCAGAAUCAUAGAAUUGUAGAGUUGGAAUGGACCAUGAGGGUAAUCUAAUCCAGCUCUCUGCAGUGCAGGAAUCUUUGCCCAUUGUGGGGCUAGAACCCACAGUGCUGAGAUUGAGUCUCAUGCUUUACCAACUGAGUGAUUAUUAGUAUACUGGAUGCAACCUGGUUUUUGUGUGUGUGUUCCAUGCUUUGCUCUACAACUUGGUAAGUCACUUGGAGAUACUAUAUAUGUCAAUAUACUACUAAUACCAGAAAAUAAGAAGAAUCUGGUGGAUCAGGCCAGUGGCCUAUCCAGUGCAGCAUCCUGUUUUCACAGUGGCUCAACAGAUUCCUGUGGGAAACCUGCAAGCUGCACUUCAGUGCAGCAUCCUUCUGCUCACCCAGUAACUGGUACUCAGAGUCAUGAUGCCUCUGAUAGUGGAGGUAGAACAUAGCCAUCAUGGCUAAUCCUCUUUUAAAGGAUUAAUCAUACUAUCCCUGCUCAGGAUUCUGACUGCAUUAGCCAGACAUCCUCUGCACUUUAGUACUGGACAAUUACAAGUGGCUCUGUAUAGAAAUAGUAAACCUUGCCAAUGGGCAAAUUGCCAACAGGGCUAAUGGAGGGGGAAAUGGGGUUCAUAGGAGCCAGCAUCAAAGUUCAAGGUGAACUAUGCAGAUUGGGUGCCUGUGAGAUUCUGUCCAGCCCUGACAACCACCCUACAAAAGCAAGCCCACUGACCAUCAAUCUGGGUGUUUAUAAAUGUCAGUUCAUCCAUGUAUUUCACCCUUGCAAAUAAGUCUGCACAACUUACUAGUCAGCCUGCUACCAUAUACCUGUAUUAGUCAUUGGUACAAGUUUACAGUAUAAAAGCACCAACUCCAUUCCUGUUUGCCAGUGUUUUCCUUACCUUGUUUUUCUCAUGGCAGUUCCUUGAUGAUGCAGGUAGCCAGGUUGACACCUGAUUUUUAAGCCUAAUGUAUUUAACAGGCUAGUAUUUUGGUAGUGCUGGUUUAAUAAGGAAGCUGUCUUUUACUCAGAAAGGUGACUGCUUUGGCUAGGACCCAAUCCCAAAUUAAUCUUUAAAAAAAACAUGUUUAAAGUGUUUUUAGUUACUAUGGAUAUUAAGCUUAUCCAACAAAGUUCUAAUGAACCUAAAUCAGUCCUGUCCAUUGACUUCAGUGGAGUAGAACUAACAUGGAAUUAGCACUGUAGGAAGUAGAGGCUAUUUUUCAUUUCAGCUGUAACACAGUAAUGGGGGAUUGUUUCAAGUUCGUCCUAAAUAUAUUUUGGUAUAGAUAGAUUAGUAUUGACACUGCUUUGCCUUGGUCUGCUUUGUAUUUGAUGUGACCAUUUCUGCAUUGGUAAGUAAAUCUUAUACAGUAUUGACUGCUAUGGCCAUGUUAACACAAAACAGAAGGCUUUCCAGGAGUUGGGGGAACAUAGCUUUUGGAGGGUUUUCUUAAGGGGAAAGGGUGGGAGGAAGAGUAAUAAUUAUAACAGCCUGCUGGAUCAGGCUAGUGGCCUAUUUAGUCCAGCAUCCUGUUCUCAAGUGGCAAAUCAGUUGCAAGCAGGACCCAAUUAUAAGAGCACUCUCCCCUUCUGUGGUUUCUAGCAAAUGGGAUUCAGAAGCAUUUUUGUCUAAGCCUAUAUCUGUCACAGUUCUGAAAAUUCACUCCCUCUGUGGAGGGACCAAUAAAUUAGAACCGUAGAAGGGGUGAUAGAGAGAAUCAAGUUUGAUUGGGUGCGCAUUACCAAGGGCAGAGCAGAGUUACCCCCCCUCUAUAGUGUGCCUUAUUGGACCCUAUUGUUUAUCAUAUGUAAGGGAGUAGCAGUAUGUUCUGCAGUAUAUCCCUUUAAUCCUCAUCCCUGACUGUAGCCAAGUUUUAAUUGCAUUUGCCCAUAUCCUCCCUACCUAUAUUCUCCCACCCCACUCCUUCUGUUUUCCCCAUUGUCCCCUUAUAAGAUGGGCAGGGACUGUAUUUUUUUGCCUAUGAAAGUUUGUAAGGUACCAUAUAUGUAGGUGACGCUGAAUAUAUUAUAAGCGCCCUCUCUUUCCACAUGCCCACCUGUCACACUAAUGGCUGGGGGUUUUUUUUGCUGAAAAUCUUAUAUCAAUUAGCACAGGCUUUUAAAAGCAGCUCCUCUUGGACUGCAGGAUCAACCAAGUCCUGUGUGGGCUGCUCCAUUGUAUGUCCAGCAUGCCUCAUACAGCCUAGGCUCUAGAGGCUGAGAAAGUCUGGCAGGCUUGAAUUAUCUCAUUUAGCUCUCUUUUUUAGUGAUAUUUGAUCUGUAAAUGCAGAAAAGCCCUUUCCCUCCUCUUUUGAUGUCAUUUUGUACCAAGCUGUCAAAGUGAAUAGAUUUUGAGUGCUUUGAGGUGUCACCAGUGCUGUAUUGUUGUCUGUUUUCAACAUUUGCCAAGCUCCACAUUUCUUUGGUUUUGUCAUAUUGCAAGGAGGGCAUCUCCUGAUUUUUUUUUUUUUAAUCCUUCAUUCACUGGUGUUUGGGGCCAGUUUGAGUUUGGUGAGAUACUUGCAGUUCCAAUACUCAUGUGACCUUUCUGAUGUGGUGAGGAAGGCUCAUGCCUUUGACUAUUUUAAAUCCAGAAUCUGUACUUGCGUGUUUAAGGUGAUAACUGGAGUGGAAUAUCAGAACUGGUACUUGGGAGCUUAUCGGAAUCCAUGUGCCUAAAUGCCAGCGGCUGCUGACGUUCUACAGUUUCUUAUGUCUGCAUAGAAUUUAAACUGUUGAUUAUAGUGAAUCCAAAAUAGUUGUGCUGGUUCAUAUCUUCUUGCAUGAGCAGCUGUAAUGCCCCUGCAAAACCAGCAUUACAAUGUGCAGUAAAAUGUAUAAAUAAAUGCUUGAAGUUAUUCAUAGCUGCUUCAGUGGUUUUCUACUGGAAGUGGGACAUAAAUCUUAAUAAAUCUGUGCCAAGAGUUCAGUCCCAAUGGAAUGUUAGCUUAGCUGUUGCAGAGUGACUUUCUUAAAGUGACCCCACAUGUGGAAAACACAUCAGAAUGGCAGGCUCAAAUGAUUUUUUUUUUUUACCAGGAUGAUACUGCAGAUGAGAUCCUAGGUUCCUAAUAGAUGACAGCUCCAGGGCUUAUCCCCAAGAGAAAUACAAUCUAUAAUUUUUUGGUAACUUACUGUGAAUCUGUGCCAAAGGUAGCCAAUGUGAUGCCUUCUAGAUAUUGUUGGACUACAACUCUUAUCAUCCCUGUCCAUUGGCCAGUGCUUGUUUUGAGGCUGUACACACUGGUACGCCAUACCACCACCUAUUUUUUCCUUGCCUGCUACUGCCGCUUUUUUCAUGGCAGCAGGUACAACCUCCUGGAAGUGCUUUGGCGCAGUCCUUUAAUGAUUGCCAUAGCACCUUCCAAGCAGGAGCUUGCAGAUUGUAAAAAGGUUGCGGCAUACCCCAAGGUUUGACGUGACCCUUUUACGAUUGUCAAGCACCCUCCUGGAAGAUGCUUUGGUGAGCAUAAAAGGGCCACACUGGGAGGCUGUGCCUGCUGCUGCGGAAAAUGGUGACCACAGCAGGCAAGGGUGCAAUUGGGAGAGGUGGGGGUGGGUGCGAGCAGGCAAACAGCAGUGGUAUGGGAUAGAAAUAAAGCACUGCCAUUGGCCAUGCUUGGUCUUCAACAAGAUCUAUAAGGCAGGGGUCAGCAAACUUUUUCAGCAGGGGGCCGGUCCACUGUCCCUCACACCUUGUGGGGGGGGCCAGACUAUAUUUUGGAGGAAAAAAAUGAACAAAUUCCUAUGCCCCACAAAUAACCCAGAGAUGCAUUUUAAAUAAAAGGACACAUUCUACUCAUAUAAAAACACGCUGAUUCCUGGACUUUGGACAGGCCGGAUUUAGAAGGUGAUUGGGCCGGAUGUGGCCCCCAGGCCUUAGUUUGCCUACCCAUUGCUAUAGGGCAGGGGUGGCCAACUCCCAAGAGACUGCAAUCUACUCAGAAUUAAAAACUGGCAGUGAUCUAACCCCUUUUUUGGGGGGGAGUUCAGGUCAAAGUUGUUUAGCUUUUUUUAGGAAGGGGGAAGGCCCAUUUUUGAGGGGUUUGGGUCAAAGUUGUUGAGUUUUUUCAGGGAGGAGGUAAGUCGUUGAGCUUUUUUAAGGAGAGCCGCAGUUGUUCAGCUUCUUGGGGGGAGCCAAUGAUCUACCAGCGAUCUACCACAGAUGUACAGUGAUCUACCAGUAGAUCAUGAUCUACCUGUUGGACAUGCCUGCUAUAGGGCAUCAUAUUGGCCAUCCUUUUUAUGCCUUUGGGAUCACUUUAGAAAGUAAUCUGUAGUGCUUAACAUAUUGUUAGAAUGUAGUCUCUGAUUCUUACGUUUGGGACAUGCAGCAGGCACCUUAUUUUAAGUACAGAUUUAUUUGCACAAUGUAGUGGUUUUCAAAAUGUUCUUCAGGAACAUGGGGCGAUUCUUUGAGCUUAUUGAAGAGGAACCUCCCUGGAGGUUGAAGGCUUUGAAUGUAUUGUCCUAGUGCGUCACAUAAUUGUGCUUGAAAUGUUAGUCUCCCAUACUCUAGUCAAGAAGACUUCAGUGAGGCAAUUCUGAAGAAAACUAGUUGAGAAUCACAAGUGGUAGAAAUCCAUUACACUGUCAGUUGCGAAGAGCAAAAGCUCUUUAUGGAUGCGGCCUAAUGUACUUACGGCCUUCUGGAUCGUGUGCAUUAAAAAAACUAAUCUUGGGUUGUCUUUUUGUUGCUGAGGUCGUCUGACAGUGCUAUAGUGCAAGGUGGUAGUUAUUUUCGGCUUUUGAAUGCAAAAUAUGAACAAUGCAAAAGCAAAUUAUUACAGAUUUUCAUGCAAACUUCCCAAAUAGAUAUUCCCCCCCUUUUAGUUGAACUCCUUAACUGAUACUGUGGUUGUGCUAUGUUAUUUUUUUAAAAGAAUCUGCCAACACAUUUCAUGCCACUCUCUGUUUAAAAACAAGUAUAUAGUCAACUAUUUUUUUAGCAUAACACAAGUGCAGCAUGUAAAACGAUUUGUAAUGUUUGUUUUGGAAACCUGAUGACAGAAGGAACUGCCAUGGACUGCCAUAUCUGGACUGUAGCGAUUAUUCUUACUUAGUGAGAGGAUUUUCCAGAGCAGACUGUUCUCUCAAUAUCUACUUAGGCAACAGUGAAAGUGAGACCAAAGCACACAGUCAUCUUGACAGUUUUUUUUUUUAAAAUUCCCCUUGGGCUUCCCAUUUCACUGAAUUCAAGUAUCGCUUUUAUUCACGCAGCCAACUUUUAAACACUUCCAAAGCAACAUAGGAUUGGCGUCUCGUGGUUUUGGACUUUAACUGGCAGACAUACAGGUGAACAUGGGAGAUGGGGAAUGUUUUUUUAAAAGCUGGGGAGCGGGAGAACGCUUAGCUUAUGGAGCCAGGGCUCAGUUUUUUUGUCUUUCAAAUGCUGAGGCCCCACCAGAAGUGGCCUUACAGUGAGGCAAAGGAGAUGGUGAGUUUUGAGCACUUUGAAGGGUUUUGGAGUGAAAGACUCCAAACUCAUCUGGGGUAGAAAAAUACCGUAUUUUUCGCUCCAUAGGACGCACCGGACCAUAGGACGCACCGGACCAUAGGAGGGGGAGAACAGGGAAUUUUUUUUUCUUGUUCUCCCCCUCUAAAACAAGGUGCGUUCAAGGUACAUUCACCAGAGCUUGUGGGGCUGGCGGUGGGGAAGCGCUGCUUCCCCACCGCCAGCCUCAAAGAUCCCUGAAGCCUUUGGAGCGCAGCGCCCCGCUGCCCUGCAGAGGUUUGCGUGCAGCCAUCCCCAAGCUAGAACAGCGAGACGGAGCCCUCCAUCUCGCUGUUCUGGCUUGGGAACAGCCUUGCUAGCUUCUGCAGGUCACCCUGCUGCCCUGGAGAGGCUGUGCGAACAGCCAUCCCCAAGCUAGAGCAGCGAGACGGAGCCCUCCGUCUCGCUGUUCUGGCUUGGGAACAGCCUUGCUAGCCUCUGCAGGACAGCAGGGUGAAGGCACCCCGCUGCCCUGGAGAGGCUUUGCGCGCAACCAUCCCCAAGCUACCACAGCGAGACGGAGCCGUCCGUCUCACUGUUCUGGCUUGGGAACAGCCUUGCUAGCUUCUGCAGGACAGCGGGGUGAAGACACCCCGCUGCCCUGGGGAGGCUGUGCGCGCAGCUGUCUCCAAGCUAGAGCAGUGAGACGGAGCGCUCCGCAGUGCUCCGUCUUCCUGUUCUGGCUUUGGGCUUAGCGGUGCAGCCUGCAUUCGCUCUAUAGGACGCACACACAUUUUCCCUUAAUUUUUGGAGGGGAAAAUGUGCGUCCUAUAGAACGAAAAAUACGGUAAAUCCUUGCUCCCAUAAGUUUCAGCGGGGCUUGAACAGGAAGACAGUAUCCUUUGAAAUGAAUAGUGGCACAGUAGAGCUUUAGCACAGUUCCCACACCAUUUCAGUGGAGAACCUGCUGUGGUCUUCCCAGUAUAUUAUCCUGUAUAUUAAUUGGUGGAGUGGGGCUAGGCAGAUUUUGGAUUUUCAGCUUCAAGCAGCCAGACAUUUUGAGCUAGCUGGGGCCCCCAGGAUCACACAUGUUUGUACCCACUGUUAGUCCUACUCUCUACCUACCCAUUGAAAAAAAUGGACAUUUGACUAUCUUAGACUCAUUAAUUUUAGAGGGUCUUCUCUUAGUACAACUUAGUUGGAUAGAAAAUCUGAUGCGGUAAAAAUGUGGUAAAACAUUUUACCUCCUGGUCAGCUUUAAAUGUUUUAUGUCGCUGGUUGAUUUGUUGGACUUUUUUGGGAGGUGGGGUGGGUCUUGGUUGAGACAGUGGAGAGUGCACAGUGUCUUACUUUUCUUAAAGGCUAACGCUUCCAUGAGGAUAAUGUAAUUACCUGAAAGCCAGCAAGCCAUGGCAGCGUUGAGCCCAUUUUUCUUCUUUCUGCUCUCCCUUGAAGAAAAUGCUGAACUGUCUAAUUCAUGUACAAUUAUUUUUGAGGUGUGUUCAGUUUUGCAGCUGUGUUCUCUGAUGCAAUUAUACUUGCAAAAACUGCUGCUUCAUUCCAUAUCUUUCACACCCAACUUGAUACUUGGGCUGCUUCAGAAUUACAUUUUUAUUCUCUUCACUUUUUUAUUUCUGGAGAAGCCAGGUAUUGAAUCAUUAUGUUGCUGUUGAAGCCUAGAUUUGAUAAACUGAACCUGACAGGUUCCCUAGCUUCUAAGUUAAAGGGGUGAGAGGGUGCUUGAGGUUGGCAUAUCCCAGCUAAUUCUGCCAAAUCAUGCUAGCCGCUGUGGUGGCUCCAGGUUCAUUCAAUCAGUGUACCAUGGAUUGACUGAACACAGUGUAACACUUCCUUGUUCAUGGAUCUCAUUCUGUUUCUCCUUCACAGCAAGUCACCCAACGUCUUGCUGCCCUCUUUCAAAGAUGGUGAAGCUGGAUAUUCACACAUUGGCCCAUCACCUCAAGCAGGAACGGCUCUAUGUGAACUCCGAAAAGCAGCUGAUUCAGAGAUUGAAUGCUGAGGUGCUGAAGACUGCUGAAAAGCUGUAUCGCACGGCAUGGAUUUCGAAGCAGCAGAGGAUUAACUUGGACCGGCUAAUCAUAACAAGGUAACUGCUGGUACAUACAGAAAUAGAAAUGCUAAUAUUUGAAAUUGGACAGUGCUUUGUGCACUGAAACACUGCAGAAAUCACACAUUGCAAAUGUAAGCUUUAUUUUUUUUUUAAUGAUAUUUAUUGAAAAAAAUAAAAAAAAUUAAAGUUACAAAAGAAAAACAAAGUAGAAAAAGAGAAAAACACACCACUUCCAACCAUACAUAUACAAAUUCAAAAUAAGAAAGAAAAAAAAAAUACACCACAAACAUAUAAAAACAUUUAAAAACAAAUCCUUUAUUCUCAACUCCUAACUGUCAUUACCCUCUUUCCUUUACCUCCUCCUCCUCCCCUUCCUUGUAUCCUGUUUGUUAAUUGUCACAGCAAAUCCUUUCCAUAUUUCAUAAUAUUCUGUCAUUACAUUACCUUAAAUUAUUUUAAUCUUAUCUUGCUAUAAAAAAAACCUUGAGACUUAAAACUUAAAUCUUAUUUUUACCAACUUCUCAUAACCAUAAUAUUCUUGCAUAAUUCUUUAAACAUUUUUACUAAAGCCAAGUAAUUUCAUUCCAACAUUUUUCUAACAUUCAUCAAUUUUAUAAAACAGUCCUAGUAGUGAAAAAAAGAGAUAAAAACAAAUCCAAUCUUCAUUCAGCAUCCCUUCCUCCUGGUCCCGGGUUUUGUCAGUCCUUAUUAUCCCGUCAAUCUGGUGCAUUAACCUGGUAAUCUUAUAUCUGAGGCCCUUAAGUCCUUUCCAUGUCCCUUCCGCAGCUCUUCUUCAUAUUUAUAGCUGUAUUUUCCUUUGUCUCCUGCUCCUUUCACUCGUGGGAACUCCAACUUAGCAAUAUUUUUGACCCUUCUCGACAGAUCAGCCCCUUUUCCAUAAUCGACACUAAAUUCCAUGUGGUAUUUAAAAACAUGUUUCAGAAUCCCUCCAAAGUUUAGAGCCCCCACAAUCCCGAACAUCUCACGGCCCAUUGCCAGACUUGAAAAGUCCAAUCAUCCCUGCAUGGGAGGGUCUAUCCAACCCCCCAUUUCCAAACCAAACCAAACUUUUUCUUUCCAAAUCUGGCUUUUUCCAAGUUCAUUUGUCAAAUCCGAAAGCUCAUAUUCCUGUAGGGCCUGUUCUGUCAGGACACACUCCUGAUUUAAUUCCUGGGUGGGCUCCACAUAUUUUCCCACUGCCUGUUCAAAAUUUCCCACUGCCUGUUCAAAAUUUCUAAUCGAAUCAGCCAUCAAAUUCGUCUUCUCAUGUAACUGUUCCAGUAGGGCAUUUGUUUUAUAGAAAGCACACAGCAGAGCUUCUGAAUACAUUGUACUGAAGGUCAGAUGUCUAUUCCCACGAUUGUAAUCUAUAACAGGUGCCAGCUCCCAGGAGUUGGUUACAGUUUCACAGUCUCCCUCUGGGGGAAAACUUCUGUUUAAUCUUUCUUUUAAAGACAAGUCUAGCAACAGAGUUUCCUUUUUUCAGUUAUUUUGUCAAUAUUUGUUCCUAUAAGGUGCGAAAGGAAACAAUGGAAUCACUAUGUUCCUCUUCUUUUAGCUAUCUGUCAAAAGCGCUUUUUUCUGGUCAAUGAGCUUCAAACGUCAGUCCUGACACCCUGCUCCAGGAUCAGGACGGUGGAAAGUUACUUUACUUUAAACUCACUUCUGCAGGUUUAAACAGUCCAGAAAAGAUCCCCCUUCUUCUCCUGCUGCCGAAGGGGGGUUCAACAAUUUUAAAUGAUGAAAGCCGAUCCUUUAGAGGCGAUUUUCUGAGCUCUAGUUUACGUUAUCUUUGCUUUAUUCUGUCUACAAAGAAAUGGAAGGCUGACUUCCUGUUUAGACCUUCCUGUUUCAGUACCAAAUUGAAGUAAAAAUUUUAAGUCCAAUUCCUUUCUGCUCGCAAGUCCUUAUUUAAAGUCCAAUUGUUCAAAGUUUAAGUACUCACGGGUGGUUAUUUUAGAUGCCAAAUUGUCCCAGGAAAAAGGCAGCGCUCUCCGGCAACGGCUAUGCGGCUUCGCUCCGCAGAAAAAGCAAUUGACUCACAGCACCGCGCCACUUCCCCCUCUUCGCUUCGGAGCCCGUUAGUGGGUUCCUUUGCGGGUUGGGGAGGCGCUAAGGGUGCCCGCUGAGUCCCACGGUCACAGGCUUCAUCCACCUGUGAUUUCCAGAAGGGUCCCCGCUCAUCCGCCUGUGAUUUUUAAAAGGGUCCCUGCUUCGCCGUAGCGGAGAAGACCCGUUUCGCGCGGAGCUAGUCCCUCCAAUUCAGAGGGAGUCCGCCAUUGCCGAUGGCGCCACCCCGGAAGUACAUAUGCAAGCUUUAAAGUUGCACAAAACAUUUGAGCAAGCAUAAAGAAAACAUAGCUUUGAGCUGGGUCAAAGGGAUGCAAUUGGGCGUGUAUUUUAUAGCCCUCUUGCAACCACUGAGAAGACUUACCUGUGUCUUGAGUUGGUGGCCGUCUCUUCAUAGAUGGGACUUUGAGAUCUUAAUAUUUAGGAGAUUCUCUCUAAAUGUAUGUGUGUGUGUGUGUGUGUGUGUGUGUGUGUGUGUGUGUGUGUUUGUGUGUGUGUGUGUGUUUGUGUGUGGAUAUACUCAGCAAAAUUAGGAUGUUUCUCUUUCCAUUGAUUUUUUGUGACUUUGAGAAAUUAAGAUUUUGGGUGAUCUAAAUGGUUUCUAUAUAUAUUUAUAUUUUCCUAGCGCGGAAGCUUCACCUGCUGAAUGCUGCCAGCAUGCCAAGGUCUUGGAGGAUACACUGUUCGUAGAUGGGUACAAGCAGUUGGGCUUUCAAGAGACAGCCUAUGGAGAAUUCCUUAACAGGCUGCGUGAAAACCCUCGCCUUAUUGCAUCAUGCCUGGUUGCUGGAGAGAAGCUCAACCAGGAGAACACACAGAGUGUCAUUCACACCGUCUUCACCUCCAUCUAUGGCAACUGCAUUAUGCCAGAAGACGAAAGCUACCUCCUCCAAGUCUUGCGCUACUUGAUUGAAUUUGAACUCAAGGAAAGUGAUAAUCCCAGACGGCUCCUAAGGAGAGGCACCUGCGCAUUCAGCAUUCUAUUCAAACUCUUUUCUGAGGGGCUCUUUUCAGCCAAGCUCUUCCUCACUGCCACUUUGCACGAGCCCAUUAUGCAGCUGUUGGUUGAAGAUGAAGACCACCUGGAAACCGACCCCAGCAAAUUGAUUGACCGCUUCUCGCCCACCCAGCAGGAGAAGCUCUUUGGGGAAAAGGGCACUGAAAAGUUCAGGCAGAAAGUUCAGGAGAUGGUAGAAUCCAAUGAGGCCAAGCUGGUGGCCCUGGUGAAUAAGUUCAUUGGCUACCUCAAGCAAAACACCUACUGCUUCCCACACAGCUUACGGUGGAUUGUAUCCCAGAUGUACAAAACGCUCUCGUGUGUGGACAGGCUUGAUGUCGGAGAAGUGAGAGCCAUGUGCACGGACCUUCUCUUGACUUGCUUCAUUUGUCCUGCCGUGGUCAACCCAGAGCAGUAUGGGAUUAUUUCUGAUGCCCCAAUCAAUGAAGUGGCAAGGUUCAACCUAAUGCAGGUAGAAGCAGGUCUUCAAAAAUAUAUAUUCUCUCUCUCUCAUAGUGUUGCUGUAUUAGUCUGUAGUACCAAGAAGAAAAUAGAGAAAGGUGUUGUGUCUAAGAAACAAAGUGUACUUUAAGUUUUUUUGGGGGGGGCAGGUUAGGCAUUCUUGAUCCUCUUUAGCUCAGAAAGCAGACUUGUGGAUGAAUGUUGUCAAGAGGAAUAGUGCAGUAAAAAUGCCAGGGUAAUCCAGAAACUUUGCCCCCCCCCAAAAAAAACCCCUGUACCAACCUGGUGCUUUUGCAGGUUUUUUGGAAUAUACAUUCCCUCAGCACAGUUGUGCUGAUAUAAAUUGUAAUUUAGAACACCUGUAGGGCACAGGGUUGGGGAAAGCUGCCCUGCAUACCUUUUUAAUCCAUCUUUUUCCAUUCUUGGUGCUGCGUCCUCCUUUUCUGCCUGCUAGUGGUGAGACCAGUUGUUUGCAGGCAGCCUCUUCAGCCUUCCUGUUAGCUGGUGGUUCAUAGUUUUCUCUGGCCAAAUGUUAUUUUGUGAGCUGUUAGCUGUUCUGGACUUUGUCUAGAGGAAAAGCUAUGUCAGAUGACUAGGAGCCAGAGAAGCAAAUGCUACACAAACUUGAGGAAAUAACUUUAUUUUGCAGUGUAAUUCCUUAUUUAACAAUCACAUUCACAUACAACAUUAAUACAACAAUAUAAUACAGAAAUAAAACAUAAGGCCAAAAUCUUGCAAUAUUUCCAAUAAAGUAAAAAGUUUCUUGUGCAGUACUUUACUGUACAAGCAGAUGGGUUUCUAACUUUUCAUACGAAUGGCAAGGCUGGAGGGGAACUCCCACUGCUUAAAGCCACGCCAGAGGUAUGAAGAAUGGCUGUCCUCAUUUGUUGCAAGAAUGAAUGCUUACAAACCCUUACCCUAGGCCAGGAGUCAGCAAACUUUUUCAGCAGGGGCCGGUCCACUGUCCCUCAGACCUUGUAGGGGGCCGGACUAUAUUUUAGAAAAAAAAAUACGAACGAAUUCCUAUGCCCCCAGAGAUAACCCAGAGAUGCAUUUUAAAUAAAAAGACACAUUCUACUCGUGUAAAAACCUGCUGAUUCCCAGACCUUCCGCAGGCUGGAUUUAGAAGGUGAUUGGGCUGGAUCCGGCCCUCGGUCUUAGUUUGCCUCCCCAUGCCCUAGGCUGUUUUCAGAUUCCUACAGUUAGGUUGUUAUUCAUCAACCCUAUAUAGACUAGAACAAAAGUAAAAUAAAAUUUCUAGCUGCCAUUAUAUUUUUUUUUAGGGGCCCAGGGGCUUGAAGUGGCCUUUCCAGCCCUGCUUAUAUUGCAGAUAGCUCAACUGCCAUAGUGUGCGUCUUUCUUCUUUGCUUAAAAGAACUGGGACAGCAUCUAAGUUGCUUUAUUUUAUUUCCAGUUGUGCUACCAGAGUAUUUUUCAUUUGUUGAGAUAAGGUGAUGUUGACUGUUAUUUCUCCCAGUGCUACCUACCCCUGAGCAAUUGAGCUCAAAUAACCACUUUAUUGUAAAAAGUUUGAAUUUUUAAGAGGGAUGUGGUUUUACAGUAUCCAUUACAAGGAAAGUGUGUGUAUACAGUAGAAGUGAUAGGUCUGUGUUUAAAAGACAAUAUACUUUACAAGGAGGAUACUUUUAAAUACACGACUGAGGACUGAAAAGCGUUUGUUGUUUUGAUGUUAUUGUAAGCUAGGAGAGAACAACUUCAUCGUACCCUUUGGGCAAAAUCAAGAGAUCCACCAAUAGCCCUGCUACUUGGACUACCCUUCCUACCUUCAGCGAAAUUUACAUUUUCUGGGUUGUUCCUUGCCUUCCAAGGACAGUUGGUGUGCCAGUCUAAUUUGUGCCAUGCUGACCAGCUAUAAAAUGCUGGUGUUCAUACAGCACCAUCAAUGUAGACAACACUUUGUGGAGAGUUCCCUGGACAGCAUAGAUCUCUGCUCCCAAGGAACAAGGUGGAAAUGAGAGACAGAGCGGAGCUGUGAAGGGGAAAGUUACAAGUGCCUAAAGCUUUGUUACAGUUCUGAAUGAUGUUAAGAGGGAGAGGUGGUGUAUGUUAUACGUUUAGAGUGGUAGUUCUAGGCAUGUGAAGACUGGGCACAAUUGAAAGACACAUAGACAUUUCUCCUUUAGCUGGCAACUAGGUUAGUGAUCUAUUUGCUUAUUUGUUCUGUGACCCUGGCCAUAUUUGAGAUAGUUUCUGGAGGUAAUAACUUUUUUGUUUUGUUAUACCUAGCACACAACACCUUGCGCUGUUUAAGAAACUUCAUGGAUAUUCAGGGUAGUCCUAGUUCUACAGAGCACACAUCACACAACAUAUAAGCGUGUGUUACUUUUGCAUUACCCACCCUGCUUCUGUGGGGGAGGGAAUUAGCAUGGGUGUUGCAGUGUAGAAUGCAUGAAGGCGUAAGAUCAGAUUUUGGUGGUCAGGUGUUGUCUAGUAUUCAGAGAAGAGCAGGAAUGGAAGAAGGAGGGACUUGUGUACAGAGCGAUGCCAACCUGCUGUAGCUGGCCCACUAGUUUCUAAGCAUUCACUAGAUAAGCAGUCUGAUCCCUGCAGCUGUCAGAGGCCUGUCCUUUAUUUUUGGAAUAACCUGGAUGCCCAUUGGUAUAACUGUGUGUGUGUGUGUUUUCUUCUCCCCCCACCAAGAAUUUCUUGCUUCUUUACUCAUGAAAAGGGCUGCAGUUGAAAAAUGAAUUGUGGUACAAUCUUUACACCUGCUUCAAUUACAGCCUUCUGCUUUGUACUGUAGAAUUCAAUGCCUCCUGUAGGCACACAAAUGGACACUUUUUGAUAUUGACCUGUUAUCUUCCUGCUCCUGCAACGUCCUUGUCAUACUAGGUUUCCUGUCUGUGAAUGCCCUCUGCAGGAGAAGCUGACACCCUGCAGUUCAGCAAGACACAAAAGACAAACUGGGAUUUUGUGUGUUUAUAUAAACAUGUUUAUGGGUUCAGUGCAGGUUGAUGGAUAGGUGCUUGGUUGGUUUUGAUGGAUUUUUGGUUCAUCCCAACUCUAGAUGAUAAAAGCUGAGAUUUUCAUGGAUGUCAUAUUUAUUGCUAGAUGAUUAUCCCAUGUUUAUGUGAAAACCAUCUUUUGGCACCUGUUAAGUAUGGAUGGAAAUAGAAUGAGCAAGUUUAAUUCAGGCUGGGAACUGUGGCUUAGCAGAUAAAUUAGUUUGCAAACAUUCCAGGUUCCUUCAACUGUUCUUGCCACUGAGGACUCAGCUAUAAGCAGAGGCUUGACAACCAUAUGUCAGGAGUGCUCUGACGGUGUUUCCUGCUUGGCAGGGGGUUGGACUCGAUGGCCCUUGUGGUCUCUUCCAACUCUAUGAUUCUAUGAUUCUAUAUAGCUUCUAAAUCUAUAUGAUUCUAAAUAAAACGUUUUAAGUGGAAUAUACAGUGUGACACUAGAUGGUGAUGGUGAGCUUUAUGGGAAAUUCAACGCAUUUUUAAAAACGCUUUCAAAAAAGCAUUUUCAGAACAGUUUUUAUAUGUGUGUUGGUUCCACCUGAGAUGAAGCAAAGCUGAUAAGAGGUAGCCAAAGUUUUUGUAAGGGAAAUUGAAGUUCUGUACAGGUAUUUUGCUGUGGAACUUUUCCAUGUAAUUGUUUUUAAUUUUUGGAAAGAAAAUAUGGUUGUAAAGUCUCAGACUUUGUGCAAGCGGAGUAUGAAUAGUUAUUUUUCAUCCAGUUUCAACUUAGAGUGUGGCGGCGGCUUUCUUUCUUUGUGGUAGUAUUGCAAUCCUGUCUUUAACUUGUUUCCCAUUCUUAGGUUGGGAGACUUUUGCAGCAGCUGGCCAUGACCAGUUCUGAAGAAGGAGACCCCCGCACAAAGAGUUACCUGGGUAAAUUUGACAAAGUAAGAACCAAAGCUAUUGAACUUGUAUCUCUGUGCAUGCCAGUGUUUUUCUCAUUCUGUAUAAUUUUGGAAAAGGCACCUGCAAAUAGACUUUUGUUAUGACUGUGAAGAGAUUCAAGUGAGCAAAUUGCAACCUUAAGAGGAAGUAGCAAAUGGCACUUCCCCUCAAUAGAAUCAGUAGUGUGCAAGAGCCACUAUUAAAUGUAAACGAGUUUCAAGGAACCUGUAUGAAGAAGUGUGCUUUGGCAUAUAUUGGUGGGUUUUUUUCUUAACUAUUAAAAACGUAGACCUGCUUCUAUUCUUGCUGCAUGUUUAAAAUAAUAUAACAAUUUCAAUUUCUUACCUGCCUUUCACCAUAAGUGAAGAAGCAGUGUAGUGUAGGGAUCAAGAAUGUUGGACUAGGACCUGGGAAACCUGGGUUUAAAUUCCCACACAGCCAUGUAGCUGACUGGGUGUGAUCUUGGGCCAGUCACUGCUUCUCAGCCCAACCUACAUCUCUGGGUUGCUUUGGGGAUUAAAUGUGGAGAUGUAGAACUAUGUAUGCCACCUUAAGUUCCUUGGAGAAAAAGGUGGGAUAUAAAUGAAAUAAAUAUAACAAUAAAAUAAAAUAAGCAAAGGUCCCAGUGUGGGUUACAGCAAUUUAAAAUACAAUAUUAAAAUCAGUUUAAAACAAAUACAAACAAAAGGUCCUAAAUUCUUUCUCUAUCUGUGUGUGUAUCUCUACAUUGUCUACCCACUUUGUAGGGAUGUACAGGUCUCUUGUUGAAGUGCUUGUAUUGAAACAGCUCACUUGUCCAUCCCCCCCCCUCCAAUUUUUUCCUUGCAGGGUUGUGUGGCUGCCUUCUUGGACGUUGUCAUUGGCGGACGGGCAGUAGAGACUCCACCCAUGUCCUCGGUGAACCUUUUGGAAGGGCUGAGUAGAACUGUGGUUUACAUGACCCAUAGCCAGCUCACUGGCCUGGUAAAUAUCCAACUCCUUUUGGGCUGCAGGAGGAGACAAGUCAAAGUGUCUGUGCUGGGGGUCUGCUUUGCUGCCUUCUUUUAACAUCGCACACUUUUUUUAGGUCGGCUUUAUGCGGAACGUCAUGUCAGGCGACCAGCUGAAGGAGGACCGCAUGGCUCUGGAAAACCUGCUGUUAAACUUGCCCCAGAACAAGCCAGGGAAAAGCAGCAGCCUGGAGAUGACCCCAUACAACACCCCACAGCUUUCCCCUGCCACCACACCAGCAAACAAGAAAAACCGGUUGCCUAUAGGUGAGGAAGGUCAAGGGUCAGGCUUUUGCAUGAUAUCUUUUCCCAGCUCUGUUUUCGGAUGCUUUCCUCUGCCUCUUUUGCUUUAGGACAGUGGAGUCCCCUUGACUAGUGUCAGUCACUUGGGUUUUAAGGUACAGUGGUACCUCGGGUUAUGAACUUAAUUUGUUCGGCGGUCUGUUCUUAACCUGAAACUGUUCUUAACUUGAGGCGCACUUUCACUAAUGGGGCCUCCCGCUGCCGCUGCACCGCAAUUUCUGUUCUCAUCCUGGGGCAAGUUCUCAACCCAAGGUACUGCUUCCGGGUUAGUGGAGUUUGUAACCCAAAAUGUUUGUAAACUGAAGCGUUUGUAACCUGAGGUACCAUUGUAUACACCAACCUUUUCUAACCCAGAGCCCUCCUGAUGUGUUGAACUAUAACACCCUUCUUCCCUGACCAAUAGGAUUUAUUUCUUAAAGUUUUUUUUAAAAUUCAUUUAUCCAAUCCUUUCUUAGUGUAUCCAAUCAAAAUAGCUUUAUUGUACUUGCCAUUGGCCACGACAAAUCUGAAUCAGAAAUAAAUACAAGCAAAAGGGAUGCUGCGCCACAAAUAAAUCUCUAUUUAAUUGAUCUCUAUUUAGAUCUCUUCAUCUCUCUUACAGUUCACUGCUAUAUUGUCCAGGGUCUUCUUUCUGAUCUUUUUUGCCACCAAAGCAAAAAGGGCAAAAUCCAUUUAUCAAUUCCUUCACACAAAAUAUCUCAAAGUGAUGUCAGCAAUAAAAAUAAUUUUAAGAAAAAAAUAUGUAUAUAACACAAGACCCACAUGUUGACAAAAUUAAAAUUAUUGUUAUUCAUUAUAUUGAUUAUCAACUUUCUUCAAAAAACUGAGCUCAAAGCAACCUACAAAAGCAAAUGUUAGAAGUAGAUAUAAAACAUGAAUAAAAGGCAACCUAAAAUUCAAUAAUAUGUAUUCAGGAGCAAAUCCAGCACAGCCCCACUAAAAAUAUAUAUGCAGAGAAUUAAACUCCAAAGACCUGGGUGAGUAUCAAUGUUUUAACUGGGCACCAAAGAACUAUUUCAUAUGUAAAAUACCCAUUUUCAAAUCUAAUAGGGAUACAGACUGGGGUAAAGAUCCACCUAAAAUACUUGUUGAAAAAGGGAGGCCUUCAAUAAAUGCCAACAAGACAAACCGGGUGAUACAUUUCUUUAGUUUAAGAGAAUUGCACUGUCGGGGGCUGAUGGGAGUUGUAGUCUAAAACAUCUGGAGGAAAGCAGGUUGUGGAAGGCUUGUAUAUGUACCUGUUUCGUUCAAAAGCCUAAGCAGCAAAUGCACAUUAUCCCAACUCUCUAUUCCUGUUGAUUUGCUUACUUAAAAAAUGCCUCUCUUUAGCUCAUUGAUGGCACAGCCUGUCAUAGUAAGUGACCCAUUUUUAAAUAGGAAAUUAAGCAUUUUUUGUGGUGGGCUGCUAUUGUUCCUGCUAUAAGUUCAGGUCUGUGUACAUUGUGCAGUUGACAGGAGGGUAGGGGUAAAGUUCAGAAUUGUGUACUUGCACAACUUUUACACGAUUUAUUCCAUUGUUGUAAGUUGUUUGAGUUACUUUUGUACAAAAAGCAGCUUAUAACUUUAAAUAAUAAUGGUCAAGGAGAAGGGCAAAUAACUAAAAGGGGAGCUGGAUUCCACUUGUUAUGUCUGCUAGACAUUUAGCAUCUCUUCUGGCUUCUGAGAUCUCUUCAGACAUGUUUGCAAGUAUGUCUUCACAAUCAAGAAGUAUAGUAACUUUCCCUAAAAAUAUCUCUGUAUAUACUCAAUACGAUGACUUCUGCUCCCAGUAUUGCAUUCUUUGGAUUUUCUGCAUCCAUGCCAAAUUGCAGUUGACACACAGCCUUACACAAAGCUGCACUUGAAUUGUUGUAAAGCCAGAACCUCAUAGUCUCAAAUAAUUAUUGACUCCUCCACCUCACUCCAAAUGAGGCAUUUGUAUUAUGUGCUUAUUUUACAACUGAACCAUGUUUUAUCUCCUUGCAAUGGUUUGACCUGUGUUUCUUUUUUAAUGCUGUCCACUCAAGGACAACAGUUGGCAGCCAUCACUGCCUGGGAUACGUCUGCCACCAACCUGACAGCUCACAUAAACCUUGUAACCCCAUUUGGUGGGUAACUGAAUCCUUCCUCUUUCUCAGUGUUUCUGCAAAGCCAUGCUGUUGCCUUGCAUGUCUGUGUCCACACCAGCUGCUUUUUUAAAAGAAAGGCAUCUUCCUAUUGUUCUGUUCAGAAGCUUGCUUUCUAUUUUUAAAGCUUUUUAUAUCUAGAAGAAGUGUUGGAAUGGUUGGGUCAGACUUUGUGCACGAAUGAAACUCUGACUUAGGAUCUUGUCUUUUAAGAUUUGUGCAAGGGGUGGUUGAAAGGAGUCCGCUGGUUCUGAAUAUUGGGUCAGAAUCCUGCAUGGACCUUUUGUGGUGGUAAUUAUAUUAUAUGCUUUGAUAGUCUACAUGUGAAGAGAUGUAAAAAUAAUGUGUCAAAAAUGUUUGUGCAGUGUUCAGAUAGUUUGCUAGAGAAUAGGCACCCUGUUCUUCUCGCUGAAUUAGGCAUCCACCUCUGAUAAUGGAGACAUGCUUUCCCUCUGAGAACAUGGCUUAAUUUCUAGGCAUGUAGGUCCCCCAGUGGCAGCUGAUCAAGUGAAGCUGCCUCAAACAUCACAAUUGUGUGUAUAUUGAAGAAAUCCACCACACCUUAAACCUUUGUCCACAACCCAAAGAAGAGUUCAGACACUCCCUGGGCUGUUGAAUUCUUGUGGUCUAUCAUCCUCAUAAUUUUCCAAGACCAACAUUCCUGGUGACAACCUUCUUUCAUGUAAACUCCAUUUAUGCCUAGCUGGUUUUGAAUCAUCAUGUGCAUUUUUUCCUUUUAAGUCUUUCUAAAUAACAGCAAUCUAUUCUCUAGAUGCCUUUCCAUCAUCAUCAUCAUCAUCAUCAUUAUUAUUAUUGAAAAAUGUAUUAUCCUCAGCUUUCAAAAACAUCCUCAAGGCAGAGUGCUUUGACAAAAAUGGUUUAACUUCUCGGUUGUGAUGACCAGCUACCCUUUGGGAUAGUUUAUGCAGUUGGCAAAUUCAAGUGUUAAUGUUGCAGAUGGAAUGGGGUGGUGUUUUUUCUUCAUAUUUACAUGUCACCUUGUAAAAAAACCCCAAACGCCCUGUACCUUGAAAAUUGGCAUGUUAGGUGGAAGAGUUGAGUCUAACCUUGCAGAUGUAUUACCUUUCUACAGAUAGAGACUUUAAAAAAAACUGGGGAAUUUUCAAACGUAUGACACUCUUGCUGCUUGAAAUGGUUCCGUUCAAGCAAAAAGAAUACCACUUACUUUUGCUGGUCUGUGUAAACUUGCCAUCUUGCAAGAAUUAGAGAGUCAUCCUUGUCUGGAACGGAACUCCAGCAGGGAUGUAGACUUGAAAUUCCAUCAUGUAUUUUGUUCUGUGUUGUGUAUGUAGAAGUCUGUCUUAAUGUAGUAAAAGUUUUGAAAGUUUCUGUGUUUCUGUUUGAAGCAUUUUAUGCUUUAUUCCAAUGUUAUGCAUUUUAUUUUCUGAAAAGAGCUUGAUUUCUUUUUUUUGGACGGGGGCCGAGGAAACGUAAGAUUUUUCUGCACCCCCCCCCCCCAGUUUAUGCUUGGCUGUUUGGGACUCUUUCUGGUGCUAUGUCUGCAUUUAGAUAUUACCCAAGAUAUGGGGCCCUCAUUCUUGGUAAUACUGUGGUUUUUGGCAUGGAGUUUUCGAGCAGCUGUCUAAAUAGCAGGAUCUGAGUGCUGCCAGUGUGACUUUUUCCCCUUGCUGUGAGAGGAAGGCCCUUUCCUUUCUCAUACAUUUGCUUCAAGUUGUGAAGAGACACUGGCUAUUUCAUUACUUGUAUCUAGGAACUAAUUAUCUCUCAUUGAAGUAACGCCAUUAAAGAUAUUUAACCCUCCCAUUUUUAUGGGGGAUCCUGACUAUUUUCUCCCUACCAGCAGUCCAAACACUGGGGUGAAAUUUCUUCUUUAACCACUGCAAGGCAGCUAUUUUUCCAUUAACCUGGUGCCCCUCUGGACAUUUUACCAGAGAUUGUGUUGCAUUGGGGCAGAGGAGAUGUAACGAUAGACACUUUGUCUUUCCUGAGAAUAAAGCAUGAACAAAAACCAGGGAAGUAGGAGUAACUGAAAUCCUACUUAUGCCUCCCUAGUGAUUUUACAAAAGGGAGUAGUAAACAAUGCAAGAAGAGCUUUGUUCCCCCUUUGGAUGGUUGGAUAAGAUGUCCCCGUGCCUUGAGUAAUUACACAGAAGCAGGGAUUUCAGCAGGGAUUUUUCCUUUUGCUCCCUGCAGCACUCAGAUGUGGCAAAACCCACCUGCCAGUAAAGAAUCUUCUGCACAAUUAAUGUAUAAAGCUUCUGUCCACAGGACUGUUGGAAGAUCUAUGAGACAUUUAAACUACUGUGGUUAAUGCCUGGUAGCCAGAGGGCAGGUGUACACGUAAGGCUUUCCUUAACCCUUCUUCCUGAAGGCUCAUAGUGUGCUGGCUUGAUGCUUGCAAGGCAGCCCUCAACAGCUGGAGGGUGGCAUCAUAUAGCACCACUUCGUGACAGUCUUUCAAAGCCAUUUUUGCCUUUUGCUCAGCAUGCUUGUAUUAAGCAUCACCCUGUUGUAUGGAUCUUGCAUUUUUGCCAGUCAAAAAUCCUUUAUAAAACAAUCCCCCUAAAAUGUUCCAGCUACCCGAAGCCGGAGCCGAUCAAAUAUUCAAGUGGACCAGCAUGCAGACCAUGAUGGAUUCUCUCAGGAGACAAUACAAGAAGUUCAACCAGAAGAAGUAUUGGUUAUUUCUCUCGGGACUGGGCCCCAAAUAACUCCAGGAAUGAUGUCAGAAAACGAGGUAUUGACCCAGCGAGGCUUUGAGAUCUGUGUAGGUGGAAGUAGGUGCUGUGCAGCACAGGAUGCUACCUUAAAUUCAGUUAGUACUAGGUGCUGUGGAACUAUGAAAACAUUAACUGCUGUUUUCCAACAGCAAACAAGUGUCUGUCCCUCCUUGAUCCAGCUUUCAGCAAACAUGAAGUACAGUGGUGCCCCGCAAGACGAAUGCCUCGCAAGACGGAAAACCCGCUAGACGAAAGGGUUUUCCGUUUUUGAGUUGCUUCGCAGGACGAAUUUCCCUAUGGGCUGGCUUCGCAAGACGAAAAUGUCUUGCGAGUCUUGAGAUUUUUUUUCCGCUUUCCCCCCCUUUAUCUAAGCCGCUAAGCCUUUAAUAGCCUUUUAGCAGCUAAUCCGCUAAUCCGCUAAGCCUUUAAUAGCCGCUAAACCGCUAAUAGCGCUAAUCCGUUAAGCCGCUAAUAGGGUUGCUUCGCAAGACGAAAAAACCGCUAGACGAAGACACUCGCGGAACGGAUUAAUUUCGUCUUGCGAGGCACCACUGUAGUACUUCCUUCACAUAUUGGUUUGGUUAACUGCAGUUAGUAUAUAUUGUCUGGACCCACAAACCAUGGUCAACAUUAACAAUGGUUAGUUUAAGCAAGCCAGUUUCAGAAAUUGCACUUUGAAGUUGACUGUUUUUUUAUUUAAAAUAACUUAAUAACUUGUUAUUUGAACCCAAAAUAAGUUUUGGGUUAAACACAACAAGCUGUGGAUAACCAGAAGCAAAAGCUUAUGAGCUCUUUCCCUCAGCCAUUUGAUAGGGCUCAUUCAUGUCACAGUAAACCAUGAUUUCAUGUGACAUCUGAACAGUUGUUGGAUGUGGGCUUUCUGGGUGAGGUGCCUAUCACUUCUGUAUUCAGGACAAUAAAUGUUAAGACAGACUCAUGGCAACUUGAUAAUUCACCACCUCAUCUCCCCACCCCCGAUGUGAAGGUGAAGAAGAUAUAAUGGAUCCUGUGAUGUAAAAUGUUAGAUUUAUUAUGGGCUUCACAAGCACUUGGCAAAAACAAUGAUAGCUCUAUAUUUGCCAUAUUUAGUGAAUAUACAUCUAUUAUUUCUUAAAUAUAGACAGUUUAAUUUAGUAUCUGAUUUCUGCUAUGUUCUAAUGACUCCAAACAAAUUGGAGAAGCAGUUCUGAUACCAAAUCGCUACACUCCAAAAGUUUGAUGGCACUGGAAGCCAGAGAGACUCUAAGUUAAAAAUUCUGGCUUAAAGGUAUUUGGCAAACAAUAAUUCUUUCUUGACUGUCAAUCCAUGACCAAAAUGCUGAUCACCCCCCACCCCCCUUUUCCUAGGUUUUAAACAUGCAGCUUGCUGACGGAGGGCAAGGAGAUGUCCCUGUUGAUGAAACCAAACUCCACGGUAAACCUGAUAAAACCUUGCGCUUUUCCCUCUGCAGUGAUAAUCUGGAAGGAAUAUCUGAAGGUGAUGGCCUCUUGUCUGUCAGGCAAUAUUUAAUAGGAGCUUCUGUUCAUUGUAGCUGGUGUGUGCUUUGUAUCUCAGCCACUGUUGUAAAUGCUGUGAUAGCUGCUCAUUUCAUUGGCCAAUAACGUUUUGGUGUUUUUUUAUAUAUAUAACUUUUUGGUGCAGUUUUCUUUUUGAUCACCUUGUCUAAUGACUUCUGUUUGGUUCGUGGUUGCAUUUAGUUGGGUGUAUAUUUCCUCUUACUGGGUGCGGGGAGAUCAGGCUAAAUAGCACCAUCUCUUUCCAACAGGCCCUUCAAAUCGCUCCAAUUCUGUGUCAUCGUUGGACUUGGAGGGGGAAUCUGUGUCUGAACUUGGUGCAGGCGGCCCAUCAGGGAGCAAUGGGGUGGAAGCCCUGCAACUGCUGGAGCAUGAGCAAGGUUAGUGCUGACAAUGAACACAGCCAAAGGCGUAGCUCGUAGAUGCUGAACUCACUGCCUUUUUUGGUUUAUGCCUAUUUAGUUUAAAAGAUUUUUUAAAUCCCACUCUUCACACACACACAAAAGGUCUUACAAAUGCCAAUGGCCAAAAAGUGACUUGCUAAUACCAGUGAUCAGUCCCUGCUCUCAAAUUUAUUAUAGUCAAACCUUGGUUUUCAAACGUCUCGGCUGCUGAACGUCUUGGCUUCUGAAAACCCGGAAGUAAAUGCUUCCAUUUUUGAACGUGCCUCGGACGUCAAAUGGCUUCCUGAAAAGCCCAGGAAGUAAAGCAGGUGCAAGCUUGUCUUCAGGAGACUGCAUGGUUGCAGUAAACCAUAUUCUGACAUGCAGACCAGUCCACGUGUGGGUGCUUACUUCAUGUUUGUAAACAGAGUGUGCUACUUGUGCCCUUCCUAAUACCUUGCGAGCUAAUGGUUUUGAUGCAUGCCAUGGAUGGAAGCCUAGAGUUGGCUGCCUCAACUGUGGUCUACUCAAGUGUGGUGAAAGAUGGUUUAGAUGCUAAAAUGGGUUGUCUCCAACCAAGUUCUACUUGAACCUAGACCCAUUGAAAUUGAUGCUCCUAAGUGAGCUGUGUACAUUAAUUUCAGUGUGUCUAACUUGGAGUAACAGCAGCACUGGGUACAACUCACUUUCUCUGGAUUUCCUCUUUACCUAUGCAUUGUCCUUCUCUUUCCAGGGGUGAUCAAAUACAAAGAAGGGCACUGAUCUUGUAUCUGUAACCGUUGAGUGGAAGGGGGAAUUCUGGCAGAUGAUUUCCACCCUCAUCCCUGUUUGAUAAGCUAUGCCUGCCAAAGUUCCUGCUUCUGUUAAAGGUUCAAUAAGCCUUCUGUCUUCUUUUUAUGUGGUCAUCCUGCCUCAUGUUUACCUCAGUUCCCCACCUUUAAAAACACAAGCUAUGAAAUAAUUGUGUAGGGAUGCAAAGUGUUUUAACCAAACUCUGAUCUUUUUACAAUAGCAACCACUCAGGAUAACCUUGAUGAUAAGCUCCGUAAAUUUGAGAUCCGUGACAUGAUGGGGUUAACAGAUGACAGGGACAUCUCUGAGACUGUGAGCGAGACCUGGAGCACUGAUGUUCUAGGGAGCGACUUCGAUCCAAAUAUUGACGAGGACCGCUUGCAGGAAAUUGCAGGUAACCGGUCUGCUGUUUGAUGCAAGAAAAACACUGGUCCUUCUGCAAAGCAGUGAGGUGCCUGCACUCUGUAUUUGGAUAUGUGUUUUGAAGCAGGUACCCAAAAAGAGUGCACUGCACAAUUGUUGCCAUGCUUUAAGGUUGAAACUAUACAUUUACUUAAGUCAAGAAAUAUCUUGCAACUGUUCAAAGGUAGGAAACACCUUUUAACAAAUCAUGAUCAGCAAGUUGAGAACAAAUCUUGGCUACAGAUCAUGGCUUCUGGGGGGCAAUGCAAAACUAUGAUCUUGUCCAGAUCUAACAUCAGUUUACGGGUUGCACUUUCUUUCCUCCCAGCGCUAACAGGGAAGAGCAGAGGAGCCCAUUUAAAGCAUAUUCAUGCAAUUUAUAGACUGGGUUAAAGGAUUCUCUGCAUGGAGUGCUUUACCACAGUUCCCCAGAAGGUUGUUUUGCCUCGCAGUGCUAAAUGUAUGAUGCAUGGUCUUGACAGUACCUGAUAUAGUAACAUGGAUACAGCUACUCAGGUUUAGACAGGAUUUGCUUGGAUGGAAGAACCAAUAGAGAGCUGCAUAGACAUUUCCCUUAGCAUUCUAUAGGAAGAGCAGGGUGUAAGUGUAAUAAGCAGGAGCUCAUUGUAUGGUUACUUCCAUUGCCAGUGGCCCACUUCCACCCCACAGAUGAUGAUGUGGGAAGGAGCCAUGCAGUUCGAGUAAUACAUGAAAUCUGGGUAACUCAUGUGGACAUCCAGUAAAGCUGAAUGUUGAAGAAUCAGGACGGAUAAAAGAAAGUAUUUCCUCAUGCACUGCAGAGUUAAACUUUGGAACUAAUUCUCACAGAAGCAGUGGAGGCCACCAACUUGGAUGACGUUAAAGAGGAUUAGACAAAUCCAUGGAGGAGAGGGCUGUAAAUGGCUGCUAGCCAUGAUAGCUAUAUUCUGCCUCCACAGUUGGAGGCAGUAAUCCUUCUGAAUUCCAGUUAGCUGGAAACAGCAGGAGGGGAGAGUGCUCUUGUGCUUGGAUCCUCCUUGCAAAUUUCCGACAGGCAUCUGGCUUGCCACUGUGAGACCGGAAUGCUGUGCUAGAUGGGCCAUUUGCCUGAUCCAGCAGGGCACUUCUUACAUUCUUAAAAGAUUGCAAGCUUCUCAUGGGUGGUGGCCCAUAUUGUUUAGUGAGAAUAGGGGCAACGUAAUGUUUUCCAGGUAGAUAGGGUUUUUGCCUCUUGCACAGUCGCUACUGGACAGCCAGAAAAUGGAUCCUUUCAGAGCUAACAUGAGGGAUAAAGGGUAGAUGUAAUUGCCUUUGGGUAUCUCCGUGCCGUUAACAAAUUGUGGGUUGCUUCCUCAGGUGCCGCAGCUGAGAAUAUGCUGGGAAGCUUGCUGUGUUUGCCUGGUUCAGGAUCGGUGCUUUUUGACCCCUGCACAGGCUCAACCAUCUCGGAAACCACCAGUGAAGCUUGGAGCGUUGAAGUGCUACCAAGUGAUUCAGGUUAGACUCCUCAGCUUUAAAGAUAACUGAUUUGUCUGUAUGUCCCACACAAGCAGGGCUGUAAUUAUGAAGGAAUGCUACCUUCUGGUUUCUUUGGUUAAGGAAACUUGAACUUCAUUUCCAUAUUGAACUUCCCUUCUCUGUUGAACUUCUUACUGGAGACUUAAAAAAAAAUCAGCAGGCUUUUAAAUUGAUAUUAUAGUUUUAACACAUUUUUAGUCUUAUUGUGGGUCUCCUGUACACUGCUUGGGGACAACUGUGCCAAAACAGUAUACAAAAUAAAAUAAAUAAUCCUUCCCUACCUUCCAAUCCCUUUCAUAUCUGGCAGAAUCUCUGGAUUCUGUCCAGCUAAGUUCUACUUAGAGUAGACCCAUAGAGAUUAACAAAGCUAAGAUGGUCACACCCAGCUGUUUCAAUGGGUCUACUCUGAGCAGGAAUAAUGUUGGACAUGGUCCCUUGUCAUUAACUUUAAAUGUUCUCCGUGACGUUUCUCCAUCUCUUCUUGGCCUUUGUUUCCAAUUAUAUUCUUGCCUAUGGCCUCUGUUCCUUCGACUCUUACCACCCUUAGCUGCUGGAGGUCUUUUGCUUCCUUAAACAUUUCUGUGCUCUCUCCUUUGUGCUUGGAACUCUUUCCCAGAGGUGGACACAGAAGCGUUUCUCUUUGUCUUCAUUCCUUUAAACCUACUUUAAUUAAUUUAAACCUUAAGCUUCAAGGGUGGCGGCACCUGUGCUUUGGAACUCCCUCCCAUGCAUAUUAGGCAGGCAUACCUUCAUUGUACUGUUUUCGGUGCCUGCUAAAACCUUUUUUGUUCCAGCAAUCCUGCCCAGACACGUGAUUUUAGUAGGUAUGCUUCAAAAUUACUGAUUUUUUAUUGUAUGGUUUUUUUAAAUUUAUGUAGCCUGUUGAUAUUUGCUUUUAUUGAAAUUUUUAAUUAACACUUGAGACUGUCAUGUACUCUGCUUAGAGGUCUAUUGUUCUAGUAAGGAGGAUUAUAAAUUUUGUUGAGUAAAAUAAGCACAUGGAGCUGCGGUUGCCUCUAUCCAUCUUCCUCCCCCCCCCCCCACCCCUAUUAGAUCUGUAAGCUCUUUCCAGGCCAGGGACCUGUCUGCUGCCUAUGAAAUUCUGUAAUGUGCUUUUUGCUGAGGGUGCUAUAUUAAUAAAUAGCUGUAUAUUUAUUAAUCUCCUACAAAAACACUGCCCAAAGGUGAUUUACACACAACAUAAAAACAAAAACAAAACACAAAUACAUUUAAAACAAGGCUAAAACCAUGACAAGUGGACACUCAUAGUAAACGAUCAUUUAUUCACCUGGGGAAGCCCAUCAGAACAAAAAUAACUUCCGUUAUUUCCAGAAAGGGCAGAAUGUGGGUGCUUUUUAUUCCACGGAAUGGGGCAGCCACACUAAAUGCCCUGCUCUGCGUUACUGUGGAGUGAGCUUUUGAGACCUUAGUAACUUGCAGGAGAGAUUCUCCUGCGGACUGCAGUGGUCUGCGGGUGUAUAAGGGAUAAGGCAGUGUUUUAAGUAACCUGGUUUCAAGCUGUAUAGGGAUGGAUGUGUUAGUACCAACGCCUGAACUUGGCCUACUAGCAAAUAGACAGCCAGUACAAAUCCCACAAGCAAGGUAUUAUAUGCUGUUGAUAGUUUGCCCCCACAAACACACUGGCCUCCUUGUUCUGCAUUGGCUGUAGCCUUCAGAUCAACCCCAAGGGUAGCCACAAAGAGAGUACAUUGCAGUCCUUCAACCGUGAGGUUACCAAUGUAUGGACAACUGUAGUCAACUAGUACAAGUAGUGCCUUUUCUUAACAGUUUACUCACCCAUGCACACACUUUGUUUCUUUAUGGUGGAGGAAGAUAUCCUUUGUUGGGUUGCUACUCUCACUCCAGACAGUGGGGCCAUUCAAAUGAGGCAACCUAGAAGCCUCCCAUGAGAGAUUAACCUCCCCUGGUCUUCCAUUCUGCCUACUCUCCCAUGCAAAUGUUUCCUUAAUUCUCUACACAAACCUUGUAUUCUGGGGCCGUGGAUCGAUCCCAAACUAUUUUCCUUACGGACCACUUGAAAACUGCUGAGAGUCUUAGUGAUUUUUCUUGUUGAUUUUUAUUCCUGUUGUAGCGAUUAAAAUGCACUGUGGUAGAUGCCACGUGAUUUUUUAAAGUGCAUUUGUAUUGCUUCUUUUGUUCUUUCGUAUUUUGAAUUCCAUAGAAUCAAAUUGUCAUACAGUAAAAGACCAAUAGAGAAAAAAUAAAAGUAGCAAUAAACAUACUGUUAAAAUCAGUAUGAAUAUUUAAUGCAGACAUGCUCUGGACCACCUGAAUGAAGCUUGUGGACCACUGGCGAUGCACAUACCAAAAUUUGGGAAUCCUUGCUCCAGGGAAUUCUGAGGUUCUUCAGUGAGGAGAUUUUCCACAAUGGGGAGAUUAUUAACAUCAGGGGAGCUUCUCUGAAAGGCAGCUUGCCUGCUACUUAGAUCUCCUGCAUGCAUCUGAAAGGAAGGGUGAUGAGUACAUUUUGGGGCAGCCCUUCCCCAAGCUGAUGCUCACCAUAUGUUGUUGGAUACCCUGGACUCUUGACUAUGCUGUUUGGAGCUGAUGCCCCAAAACACCUGGAGGGCCACAGAUUCACCUUCCCUGGUCUAGGGGAUUCAUGUGGGGGUGAUAAUAAGGCCAAGAGAUCCAGGUCAAUGUACCAUGUGAAUUGAACAUGACUCUGUGGCAUCUGCACUGGGGUUCCAAUGUUUGGGAAGUGUUCAUGGAAGGUAGGAAAUUUGUGAAAACUGGAUGUAAAAUUACAAGACUACUGUAUCUAGAAGGUGACCUGUGUGUUGUAUUUCUCCCCACCCACAAUUUAGAGGCACCAGAUCUAAAGCAAGAGGAGAGGCUGCAGGAGCUUGAGAGCUGCUCUGGGGUGGGGAGCACCUCCGAUGACACAGAUGUGAGGGAGGUCAGUUCCCGCCCCAGCACACCAGGCCUCAGUGUCGUAUCAGGUGAGACCUCAGAAAACAAUACAUCAUGUGAACAGUUGAAGCUGUGCUAUGUCUAAUAAGACUGCUUGUCCGUCUAACCUGGUAUUGUUUACCCUGAAUGGCAGCAGCAGUCCAAGAUCUCAGGCAUUCGACUUCCUUAGCCCUGCUGCUGGAGAUGCCAGGGAUUUGAGAACUGGGGAAGUGACCUUAGCUCAUAUGGGCAGAGCAUGCAUUUUGCAUGUGAAAAGAUCCCAGGUUCAAUCAAUAGUAUCUCUAGACAGGGAGCAGGUGAAAAGGAAGGAAGCAUUCUUGGCCUGUGAGACUGGAGAGCCACUGCCAGUCAGAGAUGGAUCAAUCUGAUCUGGCAUGAAAAGCACUUUCCUAUGUUCCUAAUUGUGUGUCUCUUAUGUGUUUGUGACUUUUUUGUAAAACUUGUAUAUGGGAUUGUCAUCCAUAAGAAGGCCAAGUCCUUUUUCAGUGGAUGGUCUAGCUUCUCAAAAUUGCUUCUCUCCUCUUGGCUCCAUGCUAAGAUGGCUCUUGUGAGAGUUGUUUUGCUGCCUCCCCACGAAUGGCAGCCUUUCAAAGCCAGACAUAUACUCACUACCCUCAGAAGAAUUUUAGCUGGUCUAAGAUUCCUGACAGGGUUAGUGCCUGGGUAAAGGAAAAGUCAGUAAGCACUGCAGGAGGGUGGUCUUCGUGUGUGUUUCUUGCUGAAAAGAGGAGGAGAGUUCCUGCUCUAAGUUGUGAGAGUUGGCAGAAAGGGGUGUGGAGGUUGAUAACAUGGCAUGAAGGCAAGGAAAUGCAAUUAUAUAUUCCUCCUCAGAGAUUUAAUUGGGGAUGAGAAUUAAAGAGUUAAGCCCAAAGCAUUCAUUGUUGUCAUUCUGCUUUCUGGACUAGUCAAAUUCCCAUAGAAUAAUUGAAGCAGGAGGAACUCAUAAUCCAGCUGUAAAAUAAAGGAGGGGAAAUUGCAUGGCUUGGAUUGCUUCCUCAAGGUUACAGAGUUUGGUCUUGCUGGACAGGGUUCUAGAUGUGGAGAGCAGGAGGAGGCUCUUGGUCUAUAAAUCCCAUGCAUUCAUUGCUGGAACGGAUAUCCACUGCAGUAGUCUAGUAAGUUACUGUGGUGCUGAAUGUCUUCAGACUUGGUGGCUUCCCUUUCAGCGAGGUCUCUUGUUCUCUCCUAAGGCAUUAGCGCAACCUCUGAAGACAUCCCAAACAAGAUUGAGGACCUCCGAUCCGAGUGUAGCUCUGACUUUGGUGGGAAGGAUUCAGUAACCAGCCCUGACAUGGAUGAUACAGCUCAUGGUAAGGGGAAGCAUGGGCCGCCCCGCAGUGAUUUUCCUGGCAGCUUAAACAUCAGUCCUGAAAGCAUUUGAAUUUACCAGAUGGAGGGUGAUGACAUUCCUGCUAGGGAUGAUCCCCCUGCUGGAGGCAGUCAAGGUCUUCAGAUUAUUGUGUCUUAUCCAGGGGAGAGGAGUCAUCGUGUCUCUCCAGACUGGCCCUUCAUGUUGCUAGGGAUGGUUGGGUCUUCACGUCUCUCCCUGUGUAUGGAGAGAAACACUUGCCUGAGUACUUGUUUUUUGUGGAUUUUUCUUUCUGUGUACAAUCUCAGUCCUCUUUACUUUCUGCUCUUCCUUGGUUGUUUCUGAAUGUGUCUUGCAUGUUUCCCCCUGCCGGCCUCCCCCACCCUCCAGCACCAUCACACCUUCCAUUUUGUUUUCCAUUAUACACACUAUCUGGUUUUCAACAUUGCGGUAUAUCACCAGCUAAACAUUGCAAUUUAGUGAUAUAUCACAGUGUCUGAAACAUGGAGCUAUGUAGGGUGGAGUGGGGGAGAUUGGGCAGAGUAGCAGUCAUGGAGAUUAAUAGGUGUGUGCUAUGUGCACUGCGAAUUCCUCCUCCCAAAGGCAGGCGAGCCCUCGUGUUUGGAGGGUGAACUCCUUCCACUCCUCCCUAGACAGAGGGAGAAGGAAGAAUCAGAGAAUCAUAGAAUUGUAGAGUUGGAAGGGAUCCUGAGGAUCAUCUAGUCCAACCCCCUGCAAUGCAGCAAUAUGCAGCUGCCCCAUAUGGGGAUUGAACCUGCAGCCUUGGUGUUAUCAGCACCACACUUUAACCAACAGAACUAUCCAGCCCACCUGUGAUUUCUGCAUCGGGUAGAGACACCAUGGUUAUAGGGGGGCACCGAGGCUGGGAGUGAGAGUGUUCUGCCAUUGGAGGGGAAAGGGAGCUGAAAGGGCAGCCAGCCAGCCAGCCACCAGAGGACUCAGUUAUUCCGCCCCUUGUAGUUUUGAAGGCUGUGCUUUGCAAUACAUUGCCAGCUCAAUCAUUCUGUAAUGGUUCUCAUGAUGUGAUCCACAAACCAGUGUUGGAUGAUGUAUCGAUACAUCGCCCAGCCCUAUCACACACCUUUUAGUCCCCCCCCCACCUGCUGUUCUCGUAAAGGGGAGUGUGUAGUAGGGGAUUUGACCCAAUUUUUUCAGGCACCUUACAAUUCUUAAAUCACAACCUUCCUCUUCCUUUCAGAACAGAUGGGGUAGACACCUUCUGUUGUUAAUGAAACAGAAAGGAAACUAAUUGUUAAAAUGUCUAAAGGAAAGUGGAAAGGCUUGAUUUAUGGUGGACAAGAAAGAUUAAAAUGGACGAUAGGAACUCGUUUUUGAAAAACAUUUAAUGCUUUUUUUGUUUCUUGCCAUUAAAGAACUGGUGAAAGUCAAAUGGCCAUAAUUAGCUGUGAGAAAGGAAUUUGCUUUGAGAUGGCAUAGUCACAACUGUGAUUUUAAAGGGAAAACAUUAAGGUGGAUUGAGUGGCCGAUAAUAUCCAUAACAUUAAAAGCUUCCGGUAUGGAAAAGGUAGUUUUGUUUCAAACAGUGACUGUUGGUAUUGUUAAACAGUUGAUGGUUGAACUAUUAAAAAUGAUCAGAUCAAUGUUUGAUGAAGAUGAAGAAAAUGAGCCAAAGGAUUAUGAGGUGGAAAAUGGAAAGAGGGAAUACCCAGAGGUUACAAUCGGUUGCAGUUCUGUAUGGGAAGGUGUUUGGCAGGGGUUACCUUUGAGUUUCUUCCUAACGUCUUGCGGUUUGUAUGAGUGUUUUCAUUCCUAGUGCUGAGUAACUAUGGGUUCUCCUUAACUUCUUGGGGGUUGAGGUGUUCUUCCGUUCUGACAGUCUGGAGAGACAGGAUGACUCCACCUGGAGUGGACACGAGACCCAGCAGGGGGAGUCAUCCUUAUCAGGAAUGUUGUCCUCCCGCACCCAAAUCUGUAAACUGAAAUUAACUGUAAGGGGGGGAAAAUUCUCCCUUGUGCCAUGUGCUGAAGUAGAAACCCAAAAUUCUCUGAUGAGUAAUGAUGACAUUUCUCUGUUGAGGAUGGGUGAUAUCCACUCAGGUUGUGGGCAUGGGAGGAGAAGCCAAAGGAGGGGUAUGCCACUCUUACCCAGAGGUCUGAGCAAAUUACUUGUAGGGAGGACUUCUUGAAGCCCGGCCAAGGGCUGCUGAUAGCCCAUCCUUGCAUUAGGGCUUUCAGAGCAGGAGCCAAUGAAGGUGAUUAUUAAAUCUGGCAAGAUUAUCCCCAGCAGGAAUGAGGAAAAGAUUGCAACUUGUCCCAAAUGCUUGAGAGAUGAAUAAUGUCUGGUAACAUUGAUUUAAAGUAUCCAUAAAGGUAAAGGUAAAGGGACGCGGGUGGGGCUGUGGGUAAAACCUCAGUGCCUAGGACUUGCCAAUCGUAUGGUUGGCGGUUCGAAUCCCCGCGGCGGGGUGAGCUCCCGUCUUUCGGUCCCAGCUCCUGUCCACAUAGCAGUUCGAAAGCACCCCUAAGUGCAAGUAAAUAAAUAGGUACCGCUUUAUAGCGGGAAGGUAAACGGCGUUUCCGUGUGCUGCGCUGGUGCUGGCUCGCCAGAGCAGCUUCGUCACGCUGGCCACGUGACCCGGAAGUGUCUUCGGACAGCGCUGGCUCCCGGCUUCUUAAGUGAGAUGAGCGCACAACCCUAGAGUCGGACACGACUGGCCUGUACGGGCAGGGGUACCUUUAAAGGUAAAGGACCCCGACAGUUAAGUCCAGUCGCAAACAACUCCAGGGUUGUGGCACUCAUCUUGCUUUACUGGCCGAGGGAGCUGGCAUACAGCUUCUGGGUCAUGUGGCCAGCAUGAAUAGCCGCUUCUGGUGAAACCAGAGCAGUGCACAGAAAUGCUGUUCACCUUCCCGCUGGAGUGGUACCUAUUUAUCUACUUGCACUUUGACAUGUUGCGAACUGCUAGGUUGGCAGGAGCUGGGAGCAAGCAACGGGAGCUCACCCUGUUGCGGGGAUUCGAACCGCCGACCUUCCUAUCGGCAAGCCCUAGGCUCAGUGGUUUAGACCACAGCACCACCUGCAUCCCUUAAAGUAUCCAUAGUGAAAGGCAAAUCCUUUUGUAUGUCAGAGUGCUGUAGGCAUGCUGGAGUAGGUGACCUCAGGUGAUAUCUCUGGCUUCUUAGGGUCUAUGCAGCCUGUUAGUGAAGAUCCUCCUGGUACUUUCUUAAACCCACUUCUCCAUCUUUUAGGAACCAGCCAGGGGGCCUCUACCUUGUCUCAUGCAGAAUCCUUGCUUGCCAUGUUCGAUCCCUUGUCUUCCAACGAAGGUAAUCCUGCAGCGCGUGGGCCACAUGCAUGUUAACAGUAGUGUUACUGCAUUUGGUCCUCUUUCCAUAGCUGCAAAACUUCCAUGUGUUACCUGUAACUGUAAAGGGAUGUGAAAGAACAGCGUUGGUGUAAUGCUUUGCUUGGUCUGACGCUGGUGUUUUUUCCAGCAGUGGUGAGGCCCAAAGUGCACUAUGCAAGACCUUCACACCCCCCGCCAGACCCCCCGAUCCUGGAAGGGACCCUAGGAGGCAACGAGGCAAGGCUGCCCAAUUUCAGCUCCCACACUGCUAUAAUCAUUGACUCCGAAGUGUUCAGGCAGCGGUAUUCCUAUCCUGAGAGGCUCGUGCGGAGCAGGAGCUCUGAUAUAGUGUCAUCUGCCCGGAGGCCAAUGAGUGACCCUGGUUGGAACAGGCGAGCCGGCAACGAGGAGAGGGAGCUUUCUGUGCUUGGCUGUGUAGGGGGAACUCCUUUGCUGACAGCCUCUCAGUCUUCUUCCUCAUCUCCUAGCAGAGAUUCCUGCAGAGGAGAGGUAAGAGAAGACAAACUAAGCCUCUCAAUGGCUUUCUCGAAUCAAGGCUUUAUAGCUAAGUAAUGCAUUAAGUUUUACCUCUAUCUAAAAGCAUUUUGUGUGUAUUAUGUGUUAGCUUGGUUGCUACCUCAAUUUUUUCUUAAGCUAGAACUCCCUUCAACUGGAGCAUAGUUAAACUAUGAAACUUGCUUCCACAGGAGGCAGUGAUGGCCCCAAUUUGGAUGGCUUUAAAAGAGGAUUAGCUUAAUUCACGGAGGGCAAGGAUAUCAGUAGUUACUAGCCAUGAUGGCUAUGUUUUGCCUCCACUGUCAGAGGCAUGGUUUCUCUGAAUACCAGUUUCUGGGAAUCCCAGGUGGGCAAAGUGCUGUGGCCUCCUCUCCAGCUUGCUUCCCACAGGCAUCUGCUCGGCUACUGUGAGAACAAGAUGCUGAUCUAGUUGGGCCUUGGCCUGAUCCCGCAGACUUAAUUUUAAAGUCCUUUGUUCUUAACUCCAUACACAUUACAGUUUGGUGGGAGUACUGAAAAGCCACAAAAUGUGGUGUUGGCCGCAGAAUUCCUAAGAAUCCCAAGGGUUUCUUUCCCCUUUGAAGCAAGUUGAAGCAAGACCACUGUAUUUUAAUACUUUGUUGGAAGCCGCCCAAGUGGCUGGGGAAACGCAGCCAGAUGGGUGGGGUAUAAAUAAUAAAUUAUUAUUAUUAUUAUUAUUAUUAUUAUUAUUAUUAUUAAGCUUUUAGUCCUUUCAGAGGUUUAAGAAGCAAGCUUCUAGCCCUUAUGAAUAUAUGUUUGAAAGUGUGUGACUAAUACGGGAUUUCAGUCUCUUGUAUAGAUCCUUUCUACUUUUCAUAAGUAGCUCAAAGCAGAAUGCACCAGGCAGAAACUGGUUGGCAAUUUUUACAUAAGUCACAGAAUUCAGUGUUUUUGAUUUUGUAGCAUAGAGGCCACACUGCCCUGUCUUUUAAUCUGCCAGUUUUCUCCUGUGGAAAGCUGAUGAGGCUGUGAGAGGCUAAACAGUCAGUCACCCUUGACCUCAGAGGAGUGUCCCCCACACACCCAUUAGCUUUUGUGGUUGAGCAAGUGGGGGGAAAGUCACCAAUAUCCCUUUUAGUCCUGCAUAAAGGGGUAGAAGAGUCCACUAUUUCCCCUCCCUCUCCUGCACACGGAACAAAGAACUGAACUCUCUAGUGCUCUUGGUUGAUCAAAGGAGACAGGUUCUUCUUAUCAGAUAUAGGUCCAUGUGUCAACAGCCUCUUUGUAUGAUUCAAAAGGGAUGGACUGUGCUUCAUGCAGAGGGCAGAGUUUCAGUGGUGGCUGCUACUGCUACAUGACCCUCCAUGGUUGGACUACAGUUCCCAUUUUCUCUGGCCAUUGGCUGUGCUGGCUGCUGGGGCUAGUGGAAGUCCAGCGACAUCUAGAGGGUUCCAGGUCCCCCCUGAUCUCAAGUAUUGAAUUUAAAUAUGCUAAUAUUCAAUUCAUAUUUGAUUGAUUACUUGGUUUAAAAGCCCUAUGGUUUUUUAAAAAUCCUGCUUCUUACAAGCCUCCAACCAGAGUUUAACAUUUAUUAACAUUCAACAGAAUCGGAUAAGGCAGAAUGAAAACAACAGGUUGGAUCUAGUAGUUAUUUCAACUUUUCUGCUGAAAAAUCAACAGGAAAAGAUACUCAUGACUCAAGUUCCAUUGAUUUCAACUAACUUAAGUCUAGACCUGACCCAACACAUCUCUCCCCAAACAGGUUGAGGAUCGCAAAGACAGCGACGAUGAGAAAUCUGACCGGAACAAACCAUGGUGGAGGAAACGUUUUGUUUCAGCUAUGCCCAGAGGUGUGGUUUUAUUUCUCACCUCUUAGAUAAGUUAUGUGUAUAAUGCCUUAUUUCUUCUACUGUGCAUUUGUCUAGUGGAAGUGCAGUUCUUGUGGCCACAACUCAGCUGUGGGUUGAAGACCAGUGUCCUAACAUAUCACCCUAAAUAGGUAGCAAAAAAUCAGUUUUGGUUAUUUGUUCAAAAGCUGGACUUGGGCAAGUUUUAUUUUUAAAAAAAUUUAAAAAAUGAUUUUCAGCAGUAAUACCAUAAGCAUAUCAUAAAAACAAGAACAACAAAUGGAGUACAUAUUAUUGGCUUAUCGGUUACAAAAAGUAACAGUAAGGUACAUGCAUAGUAAGUUCACUGAUUAGUUAUUUGGGUGAGGUAGUCCUCUCCAUCGACAUACGUGUGUUGUCGGGGGUUGCAAUAACUGUGCUGACAUUGAUGUGAUCAAUGUUUUUAAUGUUGUAUACUGCCUGGGGAUCUUCAGAUAAAGGGCAUAAUCAUCAUCAUCAUCAUCAUCUAAAUGCACAUGCCUAAUUUUUUAUCUCUUUUUGCCUAUCCAUUAAUAGCCCUGUUGUGUUGGGUUAAGCAUUCAGAAAGUGCUAAUUCCCAUACACAUGCGUACCAAAAAUGCAAAGUAAGAUUUUUCUCCUGUUUUGUACCCAGCAGCAGUCUCCAUUCUGGCCAUAGCUAAGAGAAAAGAGACUAGAGCUCAAGAUGGAACCUCAGGGUUAGAGCUGCCCUCAAGUGUCAAAAGUGUUAAUUUAGGAUCCAAAAUCAAAUUAUGAUUGAUUAUAAUAGAAAUUUCAGAGGAAAUGUUUUGCCAAAAUGAAUGUAGCAGGGCACAGUCCCACCACAUUUGGAUCAGAGAUCCCAGAACAUUGCACCUUCUCCAACAACUUGGGGAAUGCUGAAGAUUAAUUUGGGGAAACUUUAGUGGGGUCCAAUGCCACUUUAUAUAUAAUUUUCAAGUAUUUCAUUGUAUUAUGGCCACUAUUUUUAACAGUGGUCUGGACCACAUUUUGCGCCAUUGAUCCUCUUUGAUCACCAGGACUAGGUGACUUUUGCACAUUUUCAAGUGAUCAUUGCUUUUCCUUACAGAGAAGAAAAUCACCUCAGUAAGCCAGGGAGCCACAUUUAUAUUGAAAAACGGGUUGCCUUUAUUUUUUUUACUGUUUUUUAAAAAAUAUUUUAUGGCCUCCCCAGCCACUCUUGGCAGCUUCCAACAGAUACUAAAAACACAAUAAAAGAUCAAACAUUAAAAACUUCCCUAAACAGGGCUGCCUUCAGAUGUCUUCUAAAAGUCAGAUUGUUUUUUAUUUCCUUGACAUCUGGUGGGAAGGCGUUUCACAGGGUGGGCGCCAGUGCCGAGAAGGCCCUCUGCCUGGUUGACAGAGACAAAUAAACAAUUCCAAAAACCCAAUGAUAUAUCCAACUAAAGGAAGGGCAUGCAAAACCUGAAUAUAUUAAAUGGCAAUCAUAUUUUUUCCAAAUGGCACAGGGAGAGAUACUUGUAUAUCUUAAACUGAACUAUAUGAAAUAAAAUCCCACCAUACUCAGUCUUCCUGCCCCUUAGAUACCUGUGAAUUAUGUGUUAUUUCUUAUGCUACUUAAAUUCUGAAGGUUUUUUUUUAUAACAUAAUGGAUAUAGUCAUUUUUUAAGCAAUUUCUAUUGUGCUGUAGAGAUUCUGGCAGUUGGCUUUUGUUGAAAGUUCCUUUUAGUUAAAAACAAACAAAACAAAACAAAACAAAACAAAAAAACCUGAUUGUCUUGCCCCGAAAACAGCUUGUUCGCUUCUUUGCCUGCUGAUGCCUUGUUUCAGCUUCAAGUGUUGUUGCAGGAAGACUGGUGGGUUACUUUAUAUAUAUAUAUAUGUACCUGUUUACCUAUCACCUGGACUUGUGGCAAUAUCACUCAAAACAUGCCUAGAAGAAGCUCUCUCUCAUGGGAUUUUUGCACCUGUGGUAUUUUUAUUUUUAUUUUAUUUAUUGAAUUUAUAUACUGUCCUAUACCCGGUGGUCUCUGGGCAGUUCACAGAAUUUCUCUCCCUCUCACUCUUCAGAUCCUUUCUCUCAUUACCAUGGGGUGAAAUGUUUUUUGGAAUAAUCUUGUGCAAACUGAGCUGUCAUAGAAGUUCCUAUUUCAAAUUAAAAUUCUUCUGCCUUCCGCCUUCCCCAGCUCCCAUCCCAUUUAGAAAAAAAGAGAAGCAGGACAAGGACAAAGAGGACUUUGUGCCUGAUAGAUACAACGCUCUUCAAGGUUAGUAGUUGCUGCUGAAUUUUAUAACAUGGUUGACUUUAAAUAAAGAAGAUCUCAAGGAUCCUGGUCUAGGGAUUCAGAUAGGAUUUACCUAUACUUACUACAUGAGAACACUCAUCUUGGGGCAAGUCUGUAGAACUGCAUCACUUCAGGCUGUAUGUGUUUUUGUGUUUCACUGCACGCAGAUGGCUUGUAUUAAACCAGGGGUGUGGAGCCUGUGGCUGUCCAGAUAAUGUUGAACUGCAACUUGCAUCUAUCUGUUUAGUGUUUAUGUACCCCACAUUUCAACCAAAAAGGCUCCCAGAGCAGCCAACAUACAAUCAGCACAAGACAGUCCCUACCUGCAGGCUUAUAAUCUAAAAAUAAACACAAGGGGAAACUAAUAAACAGGACACCAGAUAAUAUGAAGAGUUUUUGUGUGUGUUUGAACCAGAAAAUGCUGUACUUUAGUUAUUUCAUUGCUAUAACCACAAUGAAUGUCUGUAGUGGGAGUCUAAACCUUCUGAACCAGUUAAAAAAAAGUUCUUUCCUCAAAUCUGUGUUUUGGCAUGUAAGUUUCACCAUCCCACCUCUCUCUUCUUCCUCAAACUUAUACUGUAUACAACACUAAUGUCUCAUAUCAAAUGUAACUGGUCUGUAUAAAAGACUGUACAACCUGAAAAAAGAGACAAUGCACGUACUUUUGUAAACCAAGACAAUCUUUAAUAUAAAUUAUUUUUUUAAAAAAAACAAAAACCUGUGUUUCUGCAGCCAUCUUUCUCACACAUUUGAUUUAACGGGGAAAGCAAAACGGCUGGGAGAAACCCCCAAUGACACAUUUCUAUAUUCUCACAUUCACUCAUGUCCAUAGUAGCAGUAUGACUUCAUCCGCCGCAUGAUGCCUUUGGUAUUUAGACUGCCUACUCGAGACCAACACCCACCCCCAUGUUAAUUCCUUGCUGCUUCUCACCCCCCCCCCCUUUUUGGCAUUUUAGAUGACUCUGGCCCUAGACUGAGCGCUCAGGCCCAGGCAGCGGAGGACAUCCUGGACAAGUACAGGAAUGCGAUUAAGCGAACCAGCCCCAAUGAGGGAGCUGUAGUGACCUAUGACAAUGCAGGUGAGAGUCUGUUCUUGCCCCCAGCCGUCAUGGUUUUCAAGCAAUGAGGGGAAAAGGAUGGCUGCUACCUGCUGCUAAUGUGAUAAGGCUAACUUUUCUAUGCUCAUUUGGUGGGCUGGGUUUAGAUGCCAUUGGAGAUGGCGAGAGCAUCCAUGACUCUGUGCGGGACGACAACUUGCAGAACAUAUCCGCAGAUGACCUUCCAGAUUCUGCCAGCCAAGCAGCCCAGCCACAGGAUUCGGCUUUCUCUUACAGGUAGCUUGAUUCUCUCUCUGUGUGUGUGUGUGUGUGUGUGUGUGUGUGAGAGAGAGAGAGAGAGAGAGAGAGAGAGAGAGAGAGAGAGAUGUUCACUGCAGUAGACAAAGGGACUUUGGGAAGAAGGCUAGAUCUAAACACUGUCUAGGAUUCUGUGUUUGGUGGAAAUCCUCUGCCUCUAGUGUGGCGGUUAGAGUGUUGGACCAGGACUCAGAGAGACACCAGUUCGAAUCCUCCAACUCUGCCAUGGCCGAGCCUUGGGGAACAGCAGCACACUCUCACCCUAACAUAUCCCACAGGGUGGUUGUGAGGAUAAAAUGGGAGGGUGAACCACGUACUCUACUCAAAGCAAAAGUGACGUAUAAAUGUAGGAAUAUUAAUAAAUGAGCCCAAACACUAAGGCUGUUCGAUGUAUAGAGGCAGACACGGCGGGCAUUUAGCUCUAUGCUGAAUAACAUUCCCUGCUUUUGGAAGCUCUGCUUAGAAAUUCUCCAGUGUGUAACUUGAGAGUGGAAACUGCCUACUGGUUUUCUGUGCUCUUCCAUCACCAUGAAGGCAAGUGACUUGAAUUGCUCUUUUGGGGGAUGGGAGAGGCCCUGUGGCAUCUAUCCUCCUUUCCUGGUGUAUUCUUCCAGGGGAUUUGGGGUUAGACCUUACAAAAAUGGAUUCCAACAAAUGGCUCACAAAACAGUGGUACCUCUGGUUACGAACUUAAUUCGUUCCAGAGGUCCGUUCUUAACCUGAAACCGUUCUUAACUUGAGGUACCACUUUAGCUAAUGGGGCCUCCCUCUGCUGCCAUGUGAUUUCUGUUCUCAUCCUGAGGUAAAGUUCUUAACCCAAGGUACUAUUUCCGGGUUAGCGGAGUCUGUAACCCAAAGUGUUUGUAACCCGAGGUACCACUGUAUAAACUUCCUUCCUGUUGGAAAAGGGAGGAGAGCAGAUUCGUAUUAGACAAUAAGCAUUUUCACAUGAGGUGCUAGAGUCCACCACCACCUCUCUCUUUUUUGGGGAGCCACUGAAAUAUAUUGAUUUUGGUGUUUAUAUGAAAAUUCAAGGCAGAAAUGAAUAUUUUCUCUCUCCCCCUCUGCCCCUUCCUCCCAGAGAUGCAAAGAAGAAACUGCGGCUUGCCCUCUGUUCAGCAGAUUCUGUGGCCUUCCCUAUGUUGUCCCACUCAACGCGGAACGGCCUUCCGGAUCAUACGGACCCUGAAGGUAAAAGACCUCUUUUGACUUUCAGACUUCUAGUAUAGCUACAACCACACUUAAAGCAAGAGGCACACUUGACACAUGACACCACUUAGAAAUGUGUAAAAUUGCUGGAAAUUUUGAAGCAGGGACAGGGUGGUGUUGUCCCCGUCCCCCCUGGAGGAAAAGUGGAAAAUCUGAGAAAAUUUAUUCUGUUUAUUGGUUAUCUUACCCACCCUUCAUCAUAAAGCCUCAGGGUAUAAGUUAUACAAUGCUUAGAGCUAUAUUUUAGGGUUAAUCUCUUUACUGUGGUCAAUGAACCAGUGUUCUCUAAUGCUAGUGCUACUCAGAGUAGACUCAUUGAAACAAAAGGACAUAACUUUUUUAAAAACAAAAUUUUAAUGGUUCUUAAAUGAAUACAGAUACAAUAACUAGUAAACACUUAUCCAGGACAUAACUAACAUAAAUUCUUUGACUUCGGCGUGCCUGCUCUGAGUAGGACUAACAUUGGAUAUAUAACUCAUAUCAAAGUCAAACUUAUUUUACUUCUUUGACACACAGUUUGUCACUUAGAACAGGGGUUGGUAACAUGAGUUUUCCAUAGUGGGCCUUUAGGUAUUACUGAACCAGAUGUCCCAUCAGCAACCAUGACCAAGUCACCUGCUGGUAACUAGGCAGAGCAUUCUUCUCCAACCUGGUGCCCCUCAGAAAUUUUGGACUACAACUGCCAUCAGCCCCAGCAAGCAUAAUCAGUUGGGGAUAAUGGGAGUUUUAAUCCAGCAACAGGUUGGGGAAGGCUGAUACAGCGUGUGUAUGUGUGUGUUCGUGUGAAAUGUAGACUAGGAAGAGUAUGAGAGAAAGCAAAGUGUUGCCAAAUAUAGUCUAUCUCUUGUGCCCCGGAAGAUGGCAGGGAGGACAGCAGGGGGCGAUCCCACAGGGCCACAACUCGGGGGGGGGGUAUUACCACAAUUCCCCUUUACUCACUCGGUUUCCGCUCCCCCUUUCCACCAUCUUGAACAGACAAUGAAAUUGUAUGCUUCCUAAAAGUCCAGCUAGCCGAAGCCAUCAACCUUCAGGACAAGAACCUGAUGGCUCAGAUCCAGGAGACCAUGCGUUGUGUUGGCCGCUUUGACAACAGGACCUGCCGCAAGCUGCUGGCCUCAAUUGCUGAGGAUUACAGGUAAAUCCCUUACCUUCCAUAAGAACACAAGAAGAACCCUGCUGGAUCAGGCCCAUCUAAUACAGCAGUGGCUAGUCAGAUGCCCCCAGGAAGUCCACAAGGGCAGCAUUUUGUCUGCAUCUCGCUCAUAUAAAUUUGGGAGUAGAAUUAGGCUGUCACUUCUCAUAGGGCAGGUGCUUUGAAGCCACCCUAAACAGCUUGGAGCACCUCCCCCAAACUUGCACUUUCCAGAUGUCAUUGAGUUGUACAACUCUUUUCUUCCCACCCACCCCCAAAUCCCAGGAAAAGGGCUCCCUAUAUUGCCUACCUGACACAGUGCCGCCAGGGUCUACAGACCACCCAGGCCCAUCUGGAAAGGCUGUUGCAGAGAGUCCUGCGAGACAAAGAAGUGGCAAACCGAUACUUCACCACAGUGUGUGUGCGGCUGUUGCUGGAGAGCAAAGAGUCAAAGAUAAGGGCGUUCAUUCAAGGUAAGCCACUCCCGGCAUUGUGCACAAGAGAUGAAGUGGGAUGUAUGCAGUGUAGGGCCAGGCACACUUUGGUUCAAAGAUUUACUGGGUGACGUUGGGCCAUUGGCUGUACCCUAGUGAAUGGUCCAAGACAUAUUAAGAUAAAAGGGGUGAGGGGAAGACUCCUACAGUGGUGCCUCGCAAGACGAAAUUAAUCCGUUCCGCGAGUCUCUUCGUCUUGCGGUUUUUUCGUCUUGCGAAGCACGGCUGUUAGCGGCUUAGCGGCUAUUAACGGCUUAGCGGCUAUUAACGGCUUAGCGGCUUUAAGAAAAAGGAAACAAACUCGCAAGAACUCGCAAGACGUUUUGUCUUGCGAAGCAAGCCCAUGGGGAAAUUCGUCUUGCAGAACGACUCAAAAAACGGAAAACUCUUUCGUCUUGCGCGUUUUUCGUCUUGUGAGGCAUUCGUCUUGCGAGGCACCACUGUAAUUGGAGUUUUAGUCUGCCAUUGGGGAAACCUUGGCUGCAGUUGGUUGAGCUGCUGUGAUCUCACAGAAAGGGCUUCCAGUCCCACUCUGUGACAUCAAGCCACUUGACGUUCUAAGGUAGGCAGAGAAGGCAGGAACCAGUCAUGGAUUAGGAAGCAGCAGGCCCAUGUGGUAUGUAUUGCUGGUCUUGGUUCUUCUGCAGAUCAGAUCCAGUUAAACAUUUCCCCCUUGGAAGUGCUCUUGGCCAGCUCUCCUUUGCAACGUGUGCAGGUUCUUUGCAUAGGGAAUAGUAGUGCACAUGCACUGCCAAGUUCAAAUGUCAUGGCUUUCCUGGAGAACACAUGGGGAUUGUAACUUUGGAGCAGCUUCUAAUUCCUAUAUUGUGUGUGAGGAGAGAGGGUGUGCUUCUCCCUCCCCAGUCCUGUGAUUUCCUCCCUUUUGCUUUGUUGCCAAAGACUUCCAGAAGCUGACUGCAGCGGAUGAUAAAACUGCUCAGGUUGAGGACUUCCUCCAGUUUCUCUACGGUGUAAUGGCCCAGGAUGUCAUCUGGCAGAACGCCAGCGAGGAGCAGCUCCAGGAUGCCCAGCUGGCAAUUGAGCGCAGCGUCAUGAACCGCAUCUUCAAACUGGCCUUCUACCCUAACCAGGAUGGAGACAUCCUGCGUGACCAGUGAGUGGGACGUGGCUGGUUUUCUUCAGGCUUGAGCAAUAAUGGCAGCAGAGAGCAAGCCACAGCCACCUUUCCUUGUGUGCUCCCUCUACUUCUGUGCAGGCCCAAGUUUGCUUCUGGUUGUAGCUUUUUCAAAUACCCUAAUGGUGCAUUGCUUCCUUUGCAAGAAAUGAGUGUUCAGUUUUCACAUUUGUUCUUAGAAUCUUAGAAUCAUAGAAUCAUAGAGUUGGAAGGGACCACAAGGGCCAUCGAGUCCAACCCCCUGCCAAGCAGGAAACACCAUCAGAGCACUCCUGACAUAACUUGGGGAUUUUGUUAGGGCUUUCAUUUGCCAGCCUGAGGGCCACAUUUAGUCUGGGAAACCUUUCCGAGGCUGCAUGCAAGUGGUGGGUGGAGCAAGUGGGCAGAACAAUAGGUGUAAAUCCUACCUUUGUACAAUAGACUCUUUUUUACUUACCCAUUUUAGAGGCAUUAUCAGAGUUCAAGGACACAUUUCAGUCAGGCAAAACCACUCAGGGGGUGAGUGGAGGGUGUGGCUUGGGAAGAAGGGGUGUGGGUUGGGAAGAGUUCCAAGGGGCACAUUGAGAGGCCUGAAGGGUUGCACUGGGCCCUCAAGCCUGAGGUUCCCCACCCCUUCUGUAUUGGGCCCAAUCUACCUCUCCCCCCCCCCCCGUAUAUAUAGCCUGUCCUUAGAGGCAACAAGAGAGAAAAUGAGGGCUUGAGAUUCUGGAAAAGUGGCAGCCUUGCCAAUGCUUGGUCUCUUCUGUGCCAAAAUAAGACAGGAUAAACAUGGAUAUUCUGAUCUGUCUCUGAAGCUAGCUGAUUGGUUUUUUAAUUGCAAGUUCUUGCGUCCUUCUUCAGUAACCUCAAAAUGUUACUUUCACUGAGGCAUUAUAUUUAAAUACAAUUAGUCGCUUAAGCCAUACAAGUUAUUGGGUUGACAGCCCAGACUCCUUUGUAGGACAGAUUUUUGUAAGGGGUGCUGCUGCAAGGAACUGAAGGUUGCGUAAGGAAACCCCCUGCUACCUAACGGUGCUUGCUAUGCAGAACCCCAGAUUGUGCCAUCUAGAUUACUUAAAUUGUUUGGUUCUCCCCCCUCCCCCCUUUGUUUCUAGGCUUCUUUACGAUCACAUACAGAGGUUAUCUAAAGUAGUGACUGCGAACCAUAAAGCACUCCAGAUUCCUGAGGUAAGUCCUUGGUGGUGCUUGGCACCUGAGAGUAAGACUUUGUCUGAACUGUACCACUUGUGACUGAAGAUGACAGUUCAUGAUGUGGACUGUCACUGUAGUAUGGGGGUGGGGGGUUGAAUUUUACGCGCGCGCGCGCGCACACACACACACACACACACACACACACAGCCAGUUUGGAUAUGCUGGAGUUGGGAGAAGGAAGAACUUUUCUCCUUAAACAUUCAGAUUGAUUGUGUGGAAGUGAUUCUCCUGUAUGGUUGAAAGUUUGGCAUGUGGCUGUAGCUCAAUGGCAGAGCAUCUGCUUUGCAUUCAGAAGGUCCCAGGUUCAAUGCUUAGCAUCUCCAGGAAGGGCUGAGAGAGACUUCUUGUCUGAAGCACUAGAGAGCUACUGCUGCCAGUCAGUGUAGACAGUACUAAGCUAGAGUCCAUGCUGGGCUUGGGGAUCAGAUUAGGCUGAAAAGCACCCAAUAACUCAGUCUUAGUUCUGACUGAAUUGGUAAGUACAUGACAGGGUUUGCAUCACUUAAUAUUUGCUGGUACAAGUUUUUCUCCUCACCACAGUGAGGUCUGGAAGUAGUAGUAACCGUCCUGUGGCUCUAGCUUUUCUAAGUGCAUCCAGUCCUUUUAGGCUCAAUGGAUAAGUAGUCCCAACAAGUCCAUAUGUCCCAUUCUUAUUUGGUAGCAUGUGGAAGCUUCCUUGCCUUUUGUGUGGUGGCUCCCUACAAAUCUUCAUUGUUUUGUACCAAAAAACCAAAAAGAUCAGUGGUUAGAAUCAGUGCCCUUUUGAAAGUUUCAGUCUGUCAUCUUGAUUCAAAAUGGGGCUCUGGUUGUUUCCAACCGUGGGUGAACACUUGCUCCUGGAUCUCAGGAAUGAUCACGCAGAAUUUGUUUACGAUCCAAAUACGAAGCAAGCAGGAAAUUUUUCAAAAUACGUAGUAGGUGUUAGUUAUAAUAUCGCAUAACAUUUGCGUAGAGGUCUCAAGCAUUCAGAGCACAUCACACGCAGGUUCUAGUUGUAGUAUUUCCAGCAACCCAGUAAGAUAGGUCAGUGUUAGUAUUUCCCAAAUUGCAGACAGAGGCUCCAAGGGAGAGCGAGUGUGCCUUGUUUGAAGCCUCCUAGUGAGUUCACAGCCAAGGUGAGAUUUGAACUGGGGACCUUCUGAUUCAUAGCUUGGCCUUUUAACCGUUAUGCUACACCAAUCACAGGUAUUUUAAUAAGCUUGCAUGUUUACCAUGUGCAGUAUAUGUUGCUGGAUGCAAUGGGUUAAUCGUGUUUGUAUGUAGACAUUUUCUCACCCUCCCUUUUCUAAACACUGUACUGUAUUGGGCUAGAAGCAAGUCUUCUCCUUUCCUUGCAGGUCUACCUCCGCGAAGCACCAUGGCCAUCAGCACAGUCUGAGAUCCGCACCAUCAGCGCCUACAAGACCCCCCGGGACAAGCUGCAGUGUGUCUUGCGGAUGUGCUCCACAAUCAUGAACCUGCUGAGCCUGGCAAACGAAGAUUCUGUUCCUGGGGCAGACGACUUUGUCCCUGUUCUCGUCUUUGUUCUCAUAAAGGUAAGGGUGAUGUCCCCACACAAGAGCCUUGGGCCUCUCUCGCUCAUAAAACAACUCAGACUGCAGACCGCUUUUUAGUAUUUCCCUACAUGAAACAUUCUCUGCAGGUGUCGUAAUUUUUUUAAAGUGAACCAGCCUGGCUCCUGCCUGCUCUGCUCUUUGUUUGCACUUGGGAGUAUUCAAGAGACAUGGCUGCGAGUAACACAGUCCAUCCUCCUGCCCCUCUCUCCCAUCUGCCAUUUUGCUGCACCUGUGGGCUAGGCUUCAAGCCUGUGACAAAAAGGGACACUUGUUCUCCCAACUGCAAGGUGCAGGUCUGUGCACAAGAGAGAUGGCUUUCCACACCCAAGAACCAUACACAGGUCAUGGGAACUAUUGGGUGCUCCUUAGAAGAAAAUAUCCAGUAGGUAUGGAGCAGGAUAUACUGUUUUGGGCUAGUCUCCAGUACAGUCCAGAUGGCUAUAAUAAUAGAAUUGUAUUUUUGGAAGGGACUCUCAAGAGUCAUCUAGUCCAACCCUCUGCAAUGCAGGAAUCUCAACUUUUAAAGCUACCCCAAAAAAAACCUUACAAUUCCCAGCGCAAACUACUGUUCCUGUUAUUCUUGGUUGUGGGGGAUGCUUUACAUCAGGCAUCCCCAAACUUUGCUGUCCAGCUGUUUUGGGACUACAACUCCCAUCAUCCCUAGCUAACAGGACCAGUGGUCAGGGAUGAUGGGAACUGUAGUUCCAAAACAGCUGGAGGGCCGAGUUUGGGGAGCCUGCUUUACAUGUAUGCUGUGCCUUACCUGCUUCUGGCUGGUUCAACUGCUGUGGCAGCUGUUAUCCAGUGGCUGGAUCAGGCCUUGGGAGGGGGGGGUGUGUGUCAUUGGUGAAAAGAGUCUCCAACAAGCACAGUGCCUCCACCUGCUGCAUCAAUUAAUCCUGCCUUGGCAGGGGCCACAAACUGGCGUGUAUGGCUUAAGGUCCUUUGACUUCUUCCACGCUAGAGGUGUGACUCCUCUGUACCCUUUUCUCAUGAGAGGGUUCAAUUAGGGGGUGGUCAGUGUCUUUCUCUGGAAGGCCCUGCCCCUCCUGCGCUGCGGGUUUGUGGUCCGUCUCCAUCCUUUGGCUCUGAGCUAAACCCCGACAAACCAUCUCUCUUUCUCUUUCUAAGAGGGAGAGAGAAGGGGCGCAGGGGGGCGGUGAUCAACAUUAUCUUCUGGGAGAGAGGGGCACAGUUCCUCCCUCCCUCCUAGCAUAUCCUACCCUACAUAUUAUUUUUUUGAGUGGUGGGGAAGAAAUGAGAUUAUAAUCUAGGUUGCAAGCAGAAUAAAAUUGGAGGUGGAGGAGGGAGAGAAUUGGGGUGGGGAAUCUUCCUGCAUUUUGAGGGGGAGGGUGUACCCUAGCUACUGCCUCCUCCCUGUAGUAGGGUGGUUGGAAGGGGGCUAAAUGCCUCAGCCCCUUAAGGUAUCCUUGUUCAUGGGGACCCCACCCCGAUCCUUCUGGCCACCUGCACUUUUCUGCUGCUGCCAAGGAACCAAGCGCCACCAUCUUCCUCCUCAGAAGGCAGGUACCUUCCCCAUUACGUCUUCAGAUGGCAGGGUACAGAGUUCUGUUGUAUUUGUAAAUGGUAUUUUUGCCUGCUUUCCAAGCUGUUAUAAAGGGGGGGGGCGGCUGGAAUGGUGCCCUCAAUAUGUUGUUGGACUUGAGCUCCCAUCAGAUGAUGAUGAUUAACUGCUUGAUGCCAAAAUAGGCUUCUAAGCAGCUUACAAGUAUAAAAACCCAUUGCACGAGCGUUAAAAUAUAAAUACUCUUACUUAAAAUAUGCAGCAAAACAAUACUAUUAGAACAACACAGUAAUUAAAACAGGAGUCUCAGUUUGAGACAGCAAAGGAAUUGCCUGUGUAAACAGGUGUGCCUUCAAAAGCAGACGGGAUGCCCAUGCAGAUGGGGACCUCUCAUAUUUCAGCAGGGUGGGCAUUCCAUAACAUAGGCACCAUGGUGGGGAAAAAAUUAUGCUGGCUAGUUGGAGUCCAAUGACCUCUGGAGACAACAGGCCUUCCAACCGUGACAUACAUCUCCUCCUCUCUGCAGGCCAAUCCGCCCUGCUUGUUGUCCACUGUCCAGUACAUCAGCAGUUUCUACGCCAACUGUUUAACUGGAGAAGAAUCCUACUGGUGGAUGCAGUUCACAGCGGCAGUUGAGUUCAUUAAAACGAUAGACGAGCGCAAGUAAACCCAACCCAGCCAGCAUCUCUGCUGAGAACCAAAUGGCUCACAGAGGAGGACCUUUAUGAAUGUAUGACGCCUGGUCUCUGCCCAUCAGGCUGCAGGAAAACAAAGAGAGAAGACCUCCAUGUGUAAAUACUGUAAAGGAGUUCCAAGCAUUUUCAAACAAACCUUUACUAAUUGGACUAAUUCCAGCAGGGUGGUUUGAGGUAUUAUUUUGGUUGUGUGUGCUUCCUUUUCUUUUUGAAUCCUCUUUCCCAUAGAAACUAGCACUGUGUCAAAUCAUAAUAAAAAUAAAAGGGACCACUUGUUGAAGUAUCCUGGAAUCUCCAGGCAUUUUUUCUGCUGCCACAACCUCCAUGUCAAAAAAAAAUUUUCCUUAACAGUUUAGUUAGAACUUUUUAAAAACUUGGUGAGUGGAGAGAAUAAAGGUAAGCACUUUCUAAUGAUCUUUAUUUACAAGAAUUCAUUUGUCUUGUUGAGACGGAAUGCACCAGUCACAGAGGAGCUUUUGCAGCAAGUGAAGGGGUCAAACUUGAAUCAUGAAAGAGCAAUGUAUUUAUUAAAAUGUAAAUGCUCACCAAAUGGUAUACUAAAACUGGAAGAUAUUCAUAUGGCCUUUAUCAUAAUUAGCACAUUCUUUCUAAUUUUGGACAGGGCAUUAGAGUUAUUCAUCUGUUGCACAAAAGAGGUGAUGUUUAAGGGUUUAUAGGGGGAAGCGGGAUUGCUUGAAGAGAAUUUAAAAAUAUAAGCGAAAGAAAGAAACAUCAAUAACCUUACGUUUGUUUUGUUUUUGUUUUCCUUCGGAAAUACUGUGUAUACUGUACAAACCCGAAAUGGAACUUCCCCCCUAUGAAACCAGAAUCUGUAAUAUAUAUUUUGAUUAUUCGUAUUAAAAGCAUACAUCAAGCAUUUGGGUGAAAAUC